CGGGCCGGGCUACGGGGGCCGCCGAGGGACACGCCUCCUCCGAGCGCUCCGCGAUUCCCGUCCCGCCUUUCGAGACGGACGGGAGCUGUCGAACCGCCGCAGAGAUACGAGAAAAGUUGAGAGAAGCACCUUGCUUCGCACGCGAGUCACUUCCGGGUCCCCGUCCGAGACUCCUCCUUGCGAAGUCUGCGCUCGUUUCUUUGACCAGGUCAGCUGAGGCUGGUGGAGGUUGCAGUCCAUCUACUGAAGGCAUUCAAAGACCUUAAACCAGGGUUGCCCAACCUUGUGACGCCAACUGCUGGUGGACUACAACUCCCAUCAUCCCUAGCUGCCAGUACCAGUGGUCGGGGUGAUGGGAAUCGUAGUCCAAAAGCAGCAGGCGAGGCGACCCAAGUUUGGGCAACCCCCUUUGAAACAGUCCCGGGCUUCGCCCAAAGAAUCCUGGGAACUGUAGUUUGUGGGGGGGGUGAGAGUUCGGAGGAGACCUUCCCUGCUCUCCUCGCAGAGCGGCAGUGCCUCUUCCCGGAGGAGGAGAAGCGGGGAAUCCCCUGCUGUCGCUCCGCCCCGUAAGCCCCGGAGCGCCGAUGGAAGCGGCCUCCUAGCGCAGUCCUGGGCUGGCGCGGAUGUGGCCGAGAUGCCAAGUGUCCUGGAAAGCGGGGUGCCUGGAAGCAAGACAGGCGGCCCGGCCCUUUGCAUGCAAUCUUUUUCUGGAGCUAUUUGCUGGAGGUAUUUGUCGUCUCCUGCUGCGCGUCCUGCUUUCUGCUCGGAUUCUCUUCCCUGUCCCUGGCUGUUGCCCUCCUCGCUUCUGUCUGCAUUUCAUGUCCUUAAUGCACUGGACCCCUGAGGUCGCAGAGGGUGUGGGGCUUGACAUUUCUUUCAGACCCUGUAAAAAUAAAGGAACCCCCUUCUCUUGCCUCUGCUCCCUUUCUGUCCCUCCAUCUUUUUUCUUUUCUUUUUCUGUUGCAAAGGUGACUUUGGUAAGUGAGUAGAGGACUUGAAUGGGCCCAAAUGAAAUUAACAGAUUAGAAAAAUUAUGUAGAAGAAAUGCUUGUGGCCAGGAUGUAGAGAUAUGGGAAUAGUUCAAUAUGUAUGUUGAAUCCGACGAUCACAGAAUCUGAAUGUUUGAAACCCCCAUUGUUCUAGGCGCAUUUUGCGACAGGGAAUUUCAUUAGCACAAGCGGUUUCUGAGCUCUGGGAGCAGUACUGCACCUAAAAUUUCAGAUUAAAGCUGCAGAGUGGAAGGAAAGGGGGACCUUUUUCUGCCUCCAAUUUAAGAAUAUUAGGGGGGUGGGCAGGGAAAGGACUAGACCAUGUGAAAAAUGAACAUAAUAUUUUAGCUGCAGUUCAUUCAUUUUCAGCUUUGUAUUUUUCUUAUUAAAAAAGUGCACCUAGACAUUCUGUUGUUGUGCCCAUAACCAGCUCCUAGCUUCCAUAUCUCAGUUUCUAACACUGCAGAAUCUAUAAGUUUAAAAAUUAUAUUGGUUCUGCUCCUGUGCUGUACAAGCCAUAGGUUCUCACAACUAAAUCUCACAUACUCCAUUUAUAUGCUACACUUUAUAAUCUCCGAUCAGUUUACCUAAUAAAACUGUAAAAUAAGGUUUAAAUCCCAGGAGAGUAAAUUGCAAGAUCACUUUUUCUGCUGAGUUGCUUUACAAAUUGACAUUCCUUGUGAUUUUUUUGAAAGUCACUUUCUACUCAAAUGCGAAACACGGCUUCAAAAUCUUGAAUUUAAUUAAACAUGGGGGGGGGAGCAUUGCUAUGGUUCCUGUUUUUCAUCCUUUUGGGAGGCUAUUUUUGCUCCUGUAAAUGCUGGAGUUGAGAGAGCAACUUGAACACAACAGCAGCUGCAACAUUCCCAAAUUUCUCUCUCUCCUCCCCCCCAAUUAUUUUAACACCACCAUGGAAUCAGGGGUUGGGAAAACUGCAAAAGCUUGCUCCCUCUUUGGUGGCUGUUUUGGCUGGUCCUGAUUGGGUGGUUUUGCCUUGUGGUGGAUUUGGGAGUUCAUUGCUUUGGCCUCCUGUGUUAUUUGUAAAAAGCAGCUCUUGGGACAAGAGCAUAGUCUGCAGUCAGCAUGGCAGACAUCUGAUAGUUUGUGUGGAAGUCCUGACACCUUCGGCUUGUGCAGAAUAUAGACUCUAGUCUUCAAACAGAAUUUAAAAGUGCCUUCUGAGUGUGUUUACCAGGAAGUAACCCGUUCAGUGGUGUUUACUCCCAGGUAAGUGUGCAUAGGGUUGAAGCCUAAACCUGCAAUCCCAAACACAUUUAUGGGGGAGCAAGCGCAGCUGAACACAGUGGAUCUUACUUCUGAGUAGGCAUAUACGACUGUGCUGUAAGACUGCGAUCUUGGGAGUAAGUUCCUUUUAGCUCAAGCUGAAUUUCUGUAGGGAUUCAAGACCAAAUGUUUAUGGGGUUUCUGUAUCACUGUAAACUGUUCCAGGAAUGAAAGCAGGAGUGUCAUAGAUACAGAAAAUCAUUGUCAUUAUUAAAAAUUAAAAUUAAAAUUAUUAUAGAGGGGAGGAUUCCACACCUUCUGAGAUUCAUGUAUUUCUACCGUGGCCACACCUAGACUUUAAAAAUGUAUCCAGAUUAAUAAAGCAUUUCGGUUUACUUGUUGGGCAUGAAAAUACUGACAAUAUUAAAAUUGUUUCAGUUUGUCUUGGGAGGAGCACUAAACUUAGCCACAUCAUAAUUCGAUCUCUUUGCCAGUAGCUGAUCCAUCUUCACAAGGGACAAAAUGUGUGACUGGUGCAGUUUUUAUGGCCAUCUGGCAGCUGGUGACAUUUGGGAGGUGUACAUGUUGUUCGAAAACAGUUGUCAACCUUUGUCCCACUUGCAUCCCAGCCGUCCCACUUGGAGAGCAGCAGACGGCUUUGGGCUGCAGCCAAGCAGAGGACUGUCCCUCCUGGCAUCAGCUUCCUCGACCUUUCAGCCCCCAAAGAUGUUUGCACGCAAAGUGAAAAACAGAUAUUCCAAGAUGAACUUCCAAAGGUGGAGCUUUGGAAAAUCCUUGCAGUAGUAUUUAAAAUGGCAUGAAGACGUCAGUUGGUUUAAAAUAGGCUUAAAAUAGUUAAAUUCCCUAAGAGGUGUGCACCAAAUUGGGGGAUCCCUGGAAAAGUUAUUUGCUAGUAUUUAUAUCAUGCUUCCCCUGCCCACUUCUAAAUGUGAUGUCCGAAGUGGCUUAGUAUAAACACAGUGCAAGGUUUAAAAGCAACAUGUUGGCCGCUUUUGAGAUAUUAAAACAAUGAUAUUAUUAAAACUAUACCAAAGCACAGUGAUGAAGCAGAAAAAGUAAUAGCUAACAGGGAAAGCAGGUGAAGACAAAAGAACCAAAGGCUGUUAUCUAAUACCCUCUUACCUGGGAGUAAACCCUUUGAAUUUGAUGGGGCUUACCUUUGAAUAGGCACACACAACAGAAAAAUAAUGAGCUCACAGUUUGACAGAAGUUCCUAAUAGUGAUAACCUGAACUAAUGUGGCAGGGAAUUCCGCAUGCCAGUUCUACAUAUAGGUUCUGUGUGUACCUAAUUUGUGCUCCUGUACAAGUUGCCUUUGUUCAUGUUUAAAGUUGGUAAAAACAGAAACUGCAUUCUUUGCUAGGAUGACAAUUCUGUGGCAAGAGGCUAAGCAUUCCAUAACUCACAUAAAUUUAAGAUUUGCUGUCCUUAUUUUGCAGUAUUUAUUUCAUUACCUUUGAGUUCUAUUAGCUUGUAGUACAUGGAGCACAGAGCAGGCGUGAUGACAUCAUCUGCAGUGAUGCUAAGCUGAUUGACACUCAUUGUUCUGCUUAGUGCAUGAGGUGAUAAGGAGGCUUUCAAGUUCUACUAUUGUGUGCAACAGAUUAACAAAGCAAAAGUUGGAGAAAGAAGGAAAUAAUCAGAGGCUUGCUCCUUCAUUCCUUUUCUUUGAUGAGCUUCCUACUUCAUGCAAGCAACUUCAGCAAUUGACUUUGAGGGUCAUCACAACGAGCUGCUGCCUUCAACAUUUUACCACUACCCUCCUGCUGAGGCCAUAAAGGCUAGGAACUUACACUCUCACUUUUAAAAGAAAUAAAUCAGAGACAGAGGAGCCAUGGAGGAGAGGAACCUGUGCUGGGUUCUAACUCUCACUCCCCAUAACCAGUUGGCAGUUCUGGCUGAUGGGAAGGAGUCCAGCAACAUUUGCUAGGCUGCAGAUGCUUCCCAUCCCUAGUUCAGUGGGUUGAAAAAGGACCUGUUUCUGUUCUGUACGUCUUCCAAACUUUAUUGAUGCAGGAAUACAGAUAGAUGUUUCGGGGGACACCCCCCCCCCAGUCAGUGGUUACUUCUUGAUGUAUUGCCUGGUCAAAGGAGGUGGCCGAUGCUAUAAUGAGCCACUCUUUCCCUGCCCCCCCUCCCGCUGCAAACUAUCAUCAUGUUACCAUGCAAAUGAGGGGGGUUGUUUUGACUCCUUUUUUUGGCCUGGCUCAGGACCAAGCGAAUCUGAAGUUUACCUUCUUCACAGCAACAGCUGUCAAGCUCCUUCUCAGACUACAGUGGCUUCGCCUGGAUGGGUGCGGUGAUUCUCUAGUUCUUGAGAAUGAAGAAAGGAGGUUGGUAGAUUGGGCCGCUUGGUGGUGAGGGACUCCUUGGCUCAGAGAGGCUGGUAAGUGGCAAAAACCAAAGGAAGCUCGUAUUUCUGCUAAUGGUUAUUUGUUUGUUUAUGGUGCAGAGCAACUUCUACAGUCACCAUAGAAAUAUGUCUAGAGUUGAAUUUGGCAGGGGGUGGAGAAGAAAGUGUCCUCCACCAGAGUCGUGGAAAGAAGCAUAUAUCACACUUGUACCGAAAACAGAGACUGAAAAGACGCAGCUUAAGAACUAUCGCCCCAUAUCAUUGCUUAAUGUGGAUUACAAAAUUUUUGCCGACAUUUUGGCUAAAAGAUUAAAAAGAGUUUUAGUGGAAGAGAUACACAAGGACCAAGCAGGCUUUCUCCCAGGAAGACAUCUAUCUGAUAAUAUGAGAAACAUAAUUAAUAUUUUAGAAAAAUUACAAGUGAAUAUAAAUACUAAGGCAGUUUUAAUAUUUGUGGACGCGGAGAAAGCUUUUGACAAUAUUUCUUGGACUUUUAUGAAAAAAAAUCUACAGGGUAUGGGGGUAGGCCAAGGUUUGAAAAUGGUAUAAGUGCAAUAUAUUCAGAACAAAAGGCUAAAUUAAUUGUAAAUAAUGUGGUGACGGAAGAAUUUAAGAUAGAAAAAGGGACACGACAAGGUUGCCCAAUCUCCCCAUUGCUUUUUAUAUCGGUCCUGGAGGUUCUGCUGAAUAUUAUAAGAAGGGACCAGUUGGUUAAAGGUAUACAGGUCGGAGCCAAACAGUACAAAUUGAGAGCAUUUGCAGAUGACUUAGUACUGACGUUACAGGAGCCAGAAUCUAGCACCAAAAGGGUUUUAGAACUGAUUCAAGAAUUUGGUCAAGUUGCAGGGUUUAAAUUGAAUAAGUUAAAAACUAAGGUUUUAGAGAAAAAUUUAACACCAAUGGAGAGAGAGAGGUUUCAGAAUGAGACAGGUUUAACAGUGGUUAAGAAAGUUAAAUACCUGGGGAUUAACAUGACAGCAAAAAAUGGGAACUUAUUUAAAGAUAACUAUGAAAAAUGCUGGGCUGAAGUGAAAAAAGAUUUAGAAAUUUGGUCAAAUUUGAAGCUUUCACUGCUGGGUCGUAUUGCUGCGGUAAAAAUGAAUGUAUUGCCUAGAAUGUUGUUUUUGUUUCAAACAUUGCAAAUUGUGGACAAAAUGGACUGUUUCAAGAGGUGGCAGAGAGAUAUUUCUAGAUUUGUCUGGCAGGGCAAGAAGCCCAGAAUAAAAUUUAAAAUACUAACAGAUGUAAAGGAAAGAGGUGGAUUUGCCCUGCCAGACCUCAAACUUUAUUAUGAAUCAGCAGCUUUUUGCUGGUUGAAAGAAUGGCUGCUUCUUGAAAACACUGACAUUUUGGAUCUAGAAGGCUUUAACAAUGUAUUUGGAUGGCAUGCAUAUUUGUGGUAUGAUAAGGUCAAAGCACAUAAAGCAUUUAAAAACCAUAUUGUCAGGAAAGCAUUGUUUAAUGUUUGGAUAAGAUAUAAGGAUUUAUUAGAAAAUAAAACCCCAAGGUGGCUGUCACCGAUGGAAGCGAAAGCUCUGAAAAAGCUCAAUAUGGAGGUCAAAUGGCCGAAAUAUUGGGAAAUUUUGGAACAAGAUGGAGAUAGAUUGAAACUGCAGAGUUUUGAAAAACUAAAAACAAAGUGCGAGACUGGCUUCAUUAUUAUCAGAUAAUGGAGGCAUACAAUUUGGACAAGAAAAUCGGCUUCCAGGUGGAAAAAUCAAAAUUAGAAACAGAAUUGUUAGAACCCAAAACUAAGAUUUUGUCAAAGAUGUAUAACUUGCUGUUGAAAUGGAAUACUCAGGAUGAAACGGUGAAAUCUGCUAUGAUUAAAUGGGCACAAGACGUUGGACAUAACAUAAUGAUGGCUGACUGGGAACAGUUGUGGACCACAGGUAUGAAGUUUACGGCAUGCAAUGCCUUAAGAGAGAAUAUUAUGAAAAUGAUAUACGGGUGGUACAUAACCCCAGUCAAGCUUGCAAAAAUCUACCAUUUGCCCGAUAAUAAAUGUUGGAAAUGUAAAGAAACUGAAGGUACAUUUUUUCACCUUUGGUGGACGUGCCCAAGGAUUAAGGUUUUCUGGGAGAUGAUUUAUAAUGAAUUAAAAAAGGUAUUUAAAUAUACCUUCUUGAAGAAACCAGAGGCCUUCCUCCUGGGCAUAGUCGGCCAAUUAAAGAAGGAUAGAACUUUCUUUAUGUAUGCUACAACAGCAGCAAGAAUACUUAUUGCAAAGCAUUGGAAGACACAAGACCUACCCACACUGGAGGAAUGGCAGAUGAAAAUGAUGGACUACAUGGAAUUGGCGGAAAUGACUGGCAGAAUCCGAGACCAGGGAGAAGAGUCGGUGGAAGAAGAUUGGAAGAAAUUUAAAGACUACCUACAGAAAUAUUGUAAAAUUAAUGAAUGUUAGAAUGAUGUUGGAUUGAAGUUAAGUGGUUUCUAGCUGUAAUGGUAUAAAAGAAUAUGGAAAAAUUGGAUUUUCAAUACGUAAAAAACUAAUGUUAUAAUAUAUUAAGAUUAAAGAUCAGGAUUAAAAAGGAGGGAAAGGAAUUGCUGGACUAAUAAUUGAACUGGAAUACAAAAAAGGGAGGUAUGAGGAGGUCCGGGAAACAAGUAAAUGAAAGAGAAGUGAUGAAAAGAUGGAAUUGUUCUUAAUUGUUUUUUUUUUGUAUUUUGUAUUUUUCUUUUUUUUUACUUUUCCCUUUUUUAUUUAUGUAUCCUUCUUUUGAAACCUUAAUAAAUAUCAUUUUAAAAAAAAAAGAGAAGAAAGUGCCCUCCAUGUCUCAGAGACCCCUGUGAAGAGGGGCUGGUUGUUAAGCCACUCUGGGAAUUGUAGCUCUGGAAGGGGAAUAGCAGUCUCCUAACAACUCUCAGCAAACUACAGCUCCCAAAAUUCUCUGGGAGAACCCAUGACUGUUUAAAGCACUUUAAAAGUAUGAGGUGAAGGUGGCCUUACUUAGGAGUAAGUCUUAUUGAAUUCAGUGGGAUUUUUCAUAUAAACAUCAAUUUUUUCCCUCUAUGCUGUUUAACAUCUACAUGAAACCACUGGGUGGGGUUAUCUGGAGGUUUGGAGUACGUUGUCAGCAGUAUGCUUUUGACACUUAGCUCUAUUUUUCCUGUACAUCUGCAGUGGAAGUGCUGGACUGGAUGAGAGCCAACAAAGUGAAGCUCAAUCCAGAUAAGACGGAGGCACUGUUAGUGGGUGGUUCCCUAGACCAGAUGGGUGGGAGAUCGCUUGCUCUUGAUGGGAUUACCCUCCCUCUGAAGUAGCUUGAGGGCUCAGGUGGCCUCAGUGGCCCAGAGUGCCUUCCAUCAGCUUUGGCUGGUGGCCCAGCUACGCCCCUAUCUGGACAGGGACAGCCUAACUACUGUUCUCUAUGUUCUGGUAACCUCUAGGUUAGAUUACUGAAAUGCGUUAUAAGUAGGGCUUCCUCUGAAGAUGGUUCGGAAACUUCAGAUGGUGCAUAAAUUUGGUGGCCAGGUUGCUCACCAGAGCAAGACGGUUUGAGCAUCUUACACCGAUCCUGGUCCAACUGCACUGGCUACCAAUUAGUUUCCAGGCCCAAAUCAAAGUAUGGUUUUGACCUAUAAAGCCUUGAGCGGCUCAGGACUGCAAGACCUCAAGGACCGUCUCUCUCCAUAUAACUGACCUGGACCCUGAGAUCUUCCUCCUCCUCAAGAGGUCUGGAGGGUGGCAACAUGAGAAUGGGACCUUUUCUGCAGUGGCUCCCUGUUUGUGAAAUGCUCUCCCCAGGAAGGUUCAGCUGGUGCCUUCAUUAUACACCUUUAGGUGCCAGACGAAAAUGUUCCUCUUCAACCAAGCCUUUGGCCAAUUAAUAUUCUACAGCCUUUUAAAUGUGCUUGUGGGAACGGUGGGAGUAUCUGUUUGAUUUGUUCUUAGUGUUCUUAUGUAUUUUGUGUUUUUUAUAUUGUAAUUUUAUGUUGUGAACUGCCUUGAGAUCUACAGAUGGGACUUCCGGGUUAGCGCCAUCGGUGAAUGGCGGAGUUCCUCCGACCGUAGGAACUGGCUCUGUGGAAACUGGAUCUUCCCACCGCGGCGAAGGUGGGGACCCGCUAGAAAUCCCAGGCAGAGGAAGCCUGGGAACGUGGGGUUCGGCAGGGCACCAGGAGUGCCCCGCCUAUGCACCAGGAACCCUAUUUUGGGGCUCCGGAGUGAAGUGGGGUGAGCGGCGCGGUGCUGCGAGCUGAUUGCUACUUUCACGGAGUGAAGCCGCACAGCCAUUGCCGGAGAGCGCUGACUUUUUCCUGUGGACAAUUGGAUUUAAAACAAGUACCCGUGAGUAGAAAUGGAAAAUUGGAUCAAGAAAUAUUUUAAUUUGGCACUGAAACGGGAUGGUUCAAAACAGGAAGUCCGCCUUCCGCUUUUUGUACAUAGACUGAAGCAAAAACCCUGUAAGCUAAAGCCUGGAAAGUCGUUAAAAAAGUUUAAAUUUCCUUCAUUUAUAAUUACUGAAACCCCCUUGGAAGCAGGAGAAAAGGGGGGGGGACUUUGUUUAACGCCUGCAGGAGAGGGAGUGAAGAAAGAUAAGUUUCCACUGUCUCUAACCUGGGAACGGGGUGUCAGAGACAGAAAUUCUUGGAGAGGUUCAUUAACUGUGAAUGGGAUACUUUGACAGAUAGCUAAAGAAGAGAAAUAAAUUGAUUCCAAUGUUGCCUUCUGCAUUUGAAAGAAACAAAAUAUCUGAAAAACGAAAGCAAUUUUCCUUUGUUGGACUUGUCUUAAAAAAAUGGAUACAAAUAGAAAUUGUCUCCUCUAGAGGGAGCUUGCUAAAUUGUUGCUGCAGUCUACUUGAGGACUCUACAGCUGUCAGAUUAAGAUCGUGGGACCAGGCCUUUUUGACCUUGACUGAAUAUGAACUGGGAGGAAGUUUUGGUGCUUGCUUUAUGCAAGACAAGUGCCUUGCUGGAACAGAUGCAUGAGAAGAUGGAUUUGAUGAAUGAGAAAAUGGAUUUGAUGACUGUUGUGGCUAAUAACUGUGGACAAACAGGGAAUAUUGAUACAGAAACUAUUCAGGGACCAACUCAGGAACCUGUACUGAUUGGGCAAGUGCAGAAGAUAAUGGAGGAGGUUGCGGUUGCACCUCAAAUAAUACAAAUGGAGAGACCCGAGGCCCUACAGGAGCAUAAGCCGCUGUCUUUGAAGAUUGAAGUUGGAGUCGGCCGGGGGAGUCUGGAGCUGAGGAGAUUCUUAACUUUGGAGAGACCUCGAAAUAUGUUUUUAAAUAUUUUUUUGGACUACAUUGAUGACUGUGGGGAGUGGGACUCUGGGGAAUGGGCUGGUUGGAUGAAGGGAGACGAAGAUAAUUUUGGGUUGGAAUCCCCAGAGUCCCACUCCCCAACGAGAAAGGAAAGAAACUAAGAAAGAGACCAACAAAAGACAAGGAAAAGUGCAAGUAUAAACAAGAAGAAGAAGAUCUGCAGAAGGGACAUGGAAGAGACUUAAGGGCCUCGGACAUUAGAUAACCAGGUUGAUGGAAUAGAUGGAAUGGACAGUAAGGACUGACACGACCCAAGACCAGGAAGAAGAGACGUUGGAUGAAGAUUGGAAGAAAAUUUAUAAAGAAAUUUUUUUCCCCCUAGGGAAUUAGCCUAAAAUUAAUGAACAUUAGGGAAAAUGUUGGAAUGACUCUAGUAGAAAAGAUAUCAGGAGUUAUGUAUAAUCGAGUAUUAAGUGUUAAGCUCUAAAGUACUUUUUGGUAAGAUAAGGUUAAAUAACUUAAGGUAAUUUGAAUAACAGAAUAUGGGGAAAGGAUGGAAAGGAUUUGUUGAGUUAAUAAAUAGGUAAAUUGUUAAGAUAAAUUAUUUAGUAAAAAUUGAGAAAGAUGGAAAGAAUUUGCUGAAAUAAUCAAUUAAACUAGAAUACAAAAAGGGAGGUGUGAGGAGGUCAAUGAAACAAGCAAAUGGAAGUUAAAGAUAUGUAAUAUGGGAUUUGUGUCUUUCCCCCCCCCUUCUUUUUUAUCUUUUUGCUGUAUUGUUGCAUUGGUUUUUAUUUUUUAUUUCCUCUUGUUUUUUCCCCCCUAUGUAUUGUAGUGUUGUUUUUAAUUUUUUUCUUUCUUUUCUGCAAUUUUGAAAUUAUUAAUAAAUAUUAUUAAAAAAAGAGAGAGAUCUACAGAUGAAGGGUAGUUUACAGAUUUAAUAAACAAAAAUAAUAAAAAUAAUAAAUGUUAAAAGCAAAUGAAUCCCCAAAAAGAAUCUCCACCUUGAAUUGGCUACCUGUAAUAAGCUGACACCCCCCAUGGAUCAGCGCCUAGGAUUGUCCUCUCGCUGCCCCUCAGAAUCUGCCCCCGAGGCGGCUGCCUCCCUCCACCUGACAGGAAGGCUGCCCCUUUCUGUGCCUGCCAACAAGAUCACUUUCCCCAGGCUACACGCAAGUCCAGCAGUACAGAAGCGCACGGCUGGAGCCCCCGGCUCCCAAGUGCAGCUCCCACCCAGGAGCGUGAUCCAUCCAAUGCCCUUGAAAAGAGCGGUGGCCAUGCAGUUUGCUCCACUUUACUUGGCUGGAGGGGGACGGUUGCCUCCUGGCCUUUGCCCCUGCCCCUGCCCCCGUCCUUCCAGGCAUGACAGGUGUCUCUGUGCUGAAGCUCUUGCUCCAGGAGGCGGGGGUGUUGCCUUAUGCUCAGGCCAUGGCACAGGAGAACAGGCAGACUUUGCGAAGGGGCUGCUUUUGGAGAAUGAAAAUUGUUAUGUACUGAAGUUCUCACCCUGGGCCAGCAGGGGGAUACUAUAGAUAGUUUUCACUCAGGUCCACAUAUGCAAAUAAGGGAUUGAAAGUGACGUUCAGUGAUUGGAUAGUUACAGAAAGUGUUACAGUUGCGUUCUAGUGGAGCUCUAUAUAAGCAGGCUGGCUGAACCCUUCAGUUCAGUUCUGUUCUGGCCUGUGAAUAAACAAGAGCUGUCUGAAGAAUCGCUGUGUCGUCUGAUAUGUUCACCCACAACUUAACAAAAAUAGCUCAUGUUUCAAGAGCCCCUCUGGCUCAGCCGCAGGACCUGGCAGCAGAGAGAUAGCUCAGCGAAGAGAUUCCAUUGGCUGCAAUAUAAAAUACUGUAAGAGGUGGAUCUUUCCUGGAGCAAAGGCCUGCUGUGUGUUGUCGUGUCUCUUUUUAAGUGAAGGUCUUGGGGCAGCAGUUCUACAUUGUGGUGGAUGCUGUUGUUGUCUGUGUUUGUGCAUGAAUCUGGCCCAUAUGGGUCCUUGGAAUUCCUCUUAACUUGAUCAUGGGGUCAGAGCUGAGGAAAGCUCUUUUUCAGUUUUGAGGGGCCCAGUAUCAAUUUGUGUAGCUACCCAAACAAUUUGUGUGUUUAUAAUUCUGUGGUGAGAGCUUGCAUUUAAUAAAAGCUUGUGGGGGAGGCAGUUGAUGCAGCAGCAGCAGAACAGAUUUUUUAAAAUGCAAAAUUAUCCAUUUUGCUGCUGGCUUUUCAAUGUUGACGGGGGCUGUAGUUUGUCUGGAGAGCACCAGGUUGCCAAAGAUGACCUUAGGUUAACUUUCAGAACUCUGGAAGUGUGUGUUUGUGUGUGUGGUUUUUUCCUACUACCACCCCUAAAUAUUCUUCUCUCUUUCCACCCCCAUCCAGGAUUUCUGAAUGGUCCUGCUAGCUUUUUUCUCUUUGCUGACUUUGGCCUGGUUCGUUUGGACCAAAAUGGCAAACUACCCAAGGAAACUGGUCGUGGAAGGGCCUGCCCCAGACCAGCCACUUCCUUCCGAAACUCUGGAUCUUCCCACCAAUGGAUCCCCCCUCCAACUCUCCAAAGCUUGUGGGUCGCAGCCCCCGCUGAUGGGGCCCAUCCAGGACUCCGAAGACGCCUCACAGCAGUGCCCUCCUCUAAGCACGCAGGCCUCUGUGGGUGCCCCUAAGCAGCCAGAACACCCCUCCUGCCCCUGCAAGCCCCCAAUUCCCCAGUCUGCCUCAGGUCAUUCGGCCCAGGGCUCCCCAGCCACGGAGUCGGAGAGGCCUCUCAGCCGGGUCAUCGUCCCUUCCUCAGGCCAGUCGCUGAGGCAAAUGGGGUCCCUCUCAGGAGAGGAACCAGAGAGCAGCCAGGCCCAAGUGAGGCGCCAAGCAAUGACCAAGUUUGUGCUGGGCUCUUUUGAAGACAACUCUUCUGAUGACGAGCUUGUGGCUGGAUCCUUCAAAAUGGCGGGCAGGAGGAGGAGCAGCUUGGCCAGCGUCGGGUCCUCGUCCUCCGUGGAUUCCUCGCCGCUGAUCUCCCUGUCGGAGACCAGUGGGGUGAUGAGGUAAGCAUCAUGGCAGCUGGGGCAGGCAAAAGCUAGUUUGAGCAUGGCAUGUGAAACGGGCACAAUAUGAGAUCCUGUGCUCUUUGUCUUUCCUAACUUAUGCCAAAGCCCCCUCUCCUUCUGAUUCACAGCAGUCUAUCCCUCCUUUGCAGCUGAAUGCCUAUGACCUUAAGCAGCUUCCCCAACCCCAUACCCUCAAUAAGUUUUGGCUUACAGCUCAUGUCCACCCAGCCAGCACGGCCACGUUCCCCCCAAAGGAUGCUUCGUCCUUCUGGGGCUGAUAAGAGCUGGAGGGCACCAGGUUGGGGAAGGCUGAGCUUUAAAGGAUGGGAUGAGGAGCUUGUGGCCUCUGGGUGUUGCUGGACUCCAACUCCCAUGAGCCCCAGCUAGCGAGGCCAAGUGGCCCAGGAUGAUGGGAGUGGCAGUCUCAAAAACAGGCCUGCCAGCCAUGUUCUGCUUUGACGGGGGGUGGGGCGCCGUCUUCUUGGUGCUGGCACAUCCUGGGCUCCUUUGGGAGGAAGGGAAGGAUACAAAUGGAGUAAAUAAACAUAUGAAGGAACCAAAAGGCAGAGAAGAAGCUCCUGGCUCCUCCUUUGUUCAGUUCAAGAUACAGGCCAAGAGAUUUCUCUGUGCCUUUUCCCUCUUCUUUUAUUUUUUGGCAAACUGAUUUUUUAUUUGCUAUGCUCCUUGCUUGUUACUCCAACUGUUGAAGUUGUGGCUUAAAAAAAUGUCUUUCAUUUUGAGAUGCUGAGGUCUCUUUCAUUGUAUGUCAGUUUAGAAAUGUUUGAUUUAUGCUUGACUACUGCAAUGCGCUCUACGUGGGGCUACCUUUGAAGGUGACUCAGAAACUACAACUAAUCUAGAAUGCAGCAGCUAGACUGGUGACUGGGAGCGGCCGCUGAGACCACAUAACACCGGUCUUAAAAGACCUACAUUGGUUCCCAGUACGUUUCUGAGCACAAUUCAAAGUGUUGGUGCUGACCUUUAAAGCCCUAAACGGCCUCGGUCCAGUAUUCCUGAAGGAGCGUCUCCACCCCCAUUGUCCAGCCCAGACACUCAGGUCCAGCUCCAAGGGCCUUCUGGCGGUUCCCUCACUGCGAGAAGCAAAGCUACAGGGAACCAGGCAGAGGGCCUUCUCGGUAGUGGCCCCUGCCCUGUGGAACGCCCUCCCACCAGAUGUCAAAGAGAACAACAACUACCUGACAUUUAGAAGACAUCUGAAGGCUGUUCAGGGAAGUUUUUAAUGUGUGACAUUUUAAUGUAUUUUUAAUCUUUGUUGGAAGCUGCCCAGAGUGGCUGGGGAAACCCAGCCAGAUGGGUGGGGUGCAAAUAAACUAUUAUUGUUGUUGUUAUUAUUAUUAUUUUAUUGAUUUAAAAUUUAGACGUGGUUUCUGAAAGACGAAAAUAGGUGAUAUGAAGAGGUAACAAUCUCCAGAGUAGCUCAGCUUCAUGGUAGCUCAGCAUCCAGCCAAAGCCAGAACUUUUCUGUUUAAGAAAUCCAGCACUCCCAUUAAUGACCCCCUUCUUAGUUCAGCCGGGGUCUUGGCUUGCAGCCAGUGGUGGAUUUAGGUAAUUUUAGAUUGUGGACUUAAGGUUCUUUGGGGUCCCUUCGUGGGCAUUGAUGAUUCUAAUGGGUGGCGGCUGGAGGGGGGCAGCACUCUCCAGAUAAUAAUGUAUGCCUCCCUCACUACAAAUGGCCUUAUGGGGUGGGGGCAUUAAAAGGCCGUGUGCAUUGCUCAGCAACCUGCAUUGAGCAUCCAGCAUUUUUUGGCUCAAGGCUCCAAGGGCACGGACUCAUCCACAUUUCUGUUUGCCCCAUGAUUUCCAUUCACAGGUCCAAGAGGUUUUCGUUUUGUGCUGCCGCUUUUCCUGGGAAAACCUGAAUGUCAAUCUGCAGAAAACCCAACUGGAAUUUGUUCCGAUUAAGCAGUAAGCAGUGGGUUUUCCAGGAAAAGUGGCAGGACAAAAGAUGAACCUCUCUGACCCUUGAAUAGAAAUCACAGGAGUAACAGAAAUGUGGAGGAGCCCUUGCCUGUACCAGCUGCAUGGCAGAAAAGGCAGGCACAGCUCCCUGCUUCAUGUUAGUAAAAGUUAACUGUUAAAGCACCCGACAUUUCCUAACAGCAAGGAGUGGUGAGUGAAAAGAGAGAGGAGCAGCGAGUUCAGAUCCUGAAGCUGAUGGAACUGUGUAGAUGGGGCAGAGGGAAUGACCUGUUUGUUUGUUUUUCAGACGCAAAAUUAUUGUUGCUUAUUUAUUGAAUUUAUAUCCCUCCCUUCCUCCCCAAAGAGCCCAGGGUGGCAAACAGAUGGGCCAUUUAAAACAAAAGCAAGGUAAACAUUUUAAAACGGGUUAAAACAGUCUAAAAAGAACUACAAUUGAAAACAUCUAAAAUCAGUUAUGGUUAAGAACAUUCCAAAAGCAGUUAACCAAAAAGAUAAAAAACAAUCUUCCACCCAGUGAUCUUAGGGUUGCCUGGAACAGUGAGAGCCAGUGUUGUGUCAUUGUUUGGAGUGCUGCUCCAGGAGCUGGAAGACCAGGGUUCGAAUCCCCACUCAGCCAUGAAGCUCCCUGGCUGCCCUUGGGCCUGUCACUCAGCCCACCCCACAGGGCUGUUGUGAGGGUGAAAGGGGGGAGGGGAGCAUUAUAUACACCACCUUGAGCAUCUUGGAGAGAAAAAAGGUGGAAUAUGAAGGGCAUCAAUUAAUAAUCGUAAUUCUUUAGUCACCAAAUGCCUGGCCAAGCAGGAAAGUUUAAAAAUUGCUCCUGAAAAUAAAUAAUGAUGGACGCAGACGCACCUGACUAGGGAAGGCAUCACUGAAAAGUCUCCCUCACGGGCUGGUGAGAAUCGGAGGGCCUCUGGUGGAGCCACCACCAACCAGCUCAACCAAUUGUAGGGUCCGAGAUGGUUGGUAAUGUAUUCCAGAUACCCAUAGUCUAUUUAUUAUCUGGUGUUUCAAAGAUCUAUAUCCUGCUUCUAAUUUUUUUUUUAGAGAACCUCUUCUGAAGCAGUGUCACACAAUAAGCCUUAAUGUCCACAAGGACACAUUUUAUUUUUAAACGCAGGCAAACACAUUAGCUACAAGUUGUUCCCAAAGCCUUCCAGGGUUGCUGAUAAGCAGAGGACAAAAGGCCUGAUUAGGACAAAGGACUGUUUCUUUGGGGGGGGGGCAGGCCCUUUGCCUCCCUCUUGCUGCUGCUCUCCUGUUGCAAUGGGGGGGGGGGGACGACUAUGUAGUGACACGUAGAAAUGGUGAAGGGGCUUUGCAGCCCUGGGGGUCCCUUGCGCAGGGGACUCUUGGCAACGAGGAAAGCGACAACUUGGAUUUCAGUGAGAAGCAAACCCCGCAUGCCUUCCGCGAGUCUGUCAAGCCAGUGAUGGAGUCCAGCGAAAGUGUCCCAUCUGUCAGGCGAUGAGCUUUCUGGAGGUGCCUGGCUGGUCACUAUCAGAGGCGGGACUUUGGCUGAGCCACCAGAGCAGGUUUGCCCGUCAGUGUAAAGGGUGACGUGGUUUUCUCACCCCCCCUAAAUUUAUUUGUUGUGUUUCUAUCCCACGUCUUUCUCCCAGAAGCUCAAGGUGGCCCACAUGGUUCCAUCUCUCCUCACCACAGCCCUGCCAGGCAGGCUCGGCCGUGACCUGCCCAAGGGAGCUUCAUGGCGGGGGGGGGGGAUUUGAACCCUGGGCUCUCCCGGGUACUAAUCCGACACUAAUCGGACUCUUCUAAGUCCUUUUUUCUCUGCUGCCCACAAGACCUGGGUGUUCUUUGGCUUCGCCCCCCCCCUUUUAAAAAGCACCUGCCUAGGAAAGGGUUGCUUGUGUGUCUUUGGGAGAGGAGAAGCAGACUCCGGCCCGGGGCUUCGUUCUCUGCCGCCUCUCGGGGCCCUUUUCCUCGGCUGAGCCGCUUGGUGCUGCUCGAGAGUUUGCUGGCCCUUUGCCCCGAGGGGAGCAGCAGGAGGCGGCGGCGGCGGAGGACGGGGCUGCCUCGGGGGCCCCAGCCCCUGCCCCCCGCCCUUCGGCAGAAGCCCUCCCGGGCAGGAUGGCAGAGGAAAGCGGAGCCGAUCGGAGCUGCUCCGGGGGCCUUUGGCGGUCAGUCCUGGGGGGCGGGCAUGGGACUUGGUCCCCGGGAGAGGGCCGAGACUUGGCGGCCGAAGUCCCUUCUCCUCUUCGCUUCGGGCAGGCGGACCCUCUCGGGCGUCCCCUUCCCCUUGGGCGUGGCGUCCGGCGGGGAGGGGGAGGCGGCAGCUGCCUUCUCGGACGGGCAAGUCCUUUCCCCCAGCUUAAGAGGUUUUUUCAGGCACCUGCAUGUCAGAAGGGGGACUGGCUUUCUGCAGUCGAUAUUUCCCGCGUGGGGUUUUCAGAAGUGCCAGAGGUCAGGUGGGGGCUUGCGGAAGCCCUUUCGUCUGCUUUAUUGCACCCCUGGGUGUUUUGGAGCCUCCCGUGCAUCUGGGGAGUGGAUUCUCCAGAUUCUUCCGCUUCUUCGUUUCCGUCAGCAAAGAUUGUGCCCGUGUGUGUUUCGAAAACUGCUGUGGCCGGAAAAGCUGCUAGAUGGAGUUUCCCAUUUCCAAAACAAAAUCCACGUUUCUUGUGUGACGUCACUGUGUUUCCCACCCUUGACCCUUGCUUGCCUCUUCCAUUUUAAAUCUUUCUUGCCCUCUUCCCUCCCUGCCCGCACUGCGCUUUUCUUUUAAACAUCCAGUUUACAAAGUGAGGGGGGGAACUAACUUCACAGCAUCUUGUCAGGUUAGUUGAUCUUCCUUUCCCCUUGCUUUCCCUGCCUGUCAUCUAAAAAUUGGCUUAAGUUUUUGCUAAAAGCAGAAAUAAGCAAAAUUGUGUGCACGCCUUGGGAGUACAUGGGAGACACUGAUUCCAGUAUAAUUUAUCCCGAUUUAUUUUUAUUUAAUGAAGGUUUUGAUUUACUUCAAUAAACAUAUCAAUAUAGUAAAAAUAACAUAAGUGCAACAAAGCAGCAUAGUAUAGAAUCAUAGAAUUGUAGAGUUGGAAGGGAUCCUGAUGGUAAUCUAGUCCAGCUCCCUGCAAUGCAGGGAUCAUCUAGAUCAUGAAUGACAGAGGGCCAUCCAACCUCUGCCUAAAAACCUCCAAGGUUAUUUCGGGGGGAGACUUAAUAUUAGGUUGGUAAAGUACUUAAGACCAUUAUGAAAACCAAAUUUCACAUGGUGCUGUGGAGAGGGAGUCCUUUGUAUCAGUAUUUCUGCUGUAUAUAAGGGAAUUCAGGGUCCUCCUGAAUUCUUUUUGGCACCACACCAUUUAUGAGUCCCCCCCAAAAAAAUUUGCAUAUUUUUAUAGCAAAACAAAAGUUGUAAAUUCUGAUUUAUAAGGCUUUGAGUGUGAGUUGUUUAAAUGUGUCAUGCAUUGCAUAUUGCGUGAAGCAGUUGGAAAGGUGGCUUUAAAAUAAAUUAAUUCCCUAAAUAUAUGUUAUUAAGAUUCUUUUCUCUUCCCUUCCCCCCUCCCCCACCCCACAAAAUGCACCACUCAAAAUGUGGGUUUAGCUACUAGGGUCCCACAGCGCAGCUGUGUUUCCCCAGCCAGAGGGUGGCAUGGCCGGACGUUUGCCCAGGCCCCUGUCUCUUGAUGAGAAGACCCUCUGACCAAGCAGGGCUUCCAUUUCCUCUUGCACAGAUUAUCUGAGAAGGUCAAGUGCAGUUGAAGAGAGCUCACACUUUGCAUGUCCCAACUCUGGGGAGGAGCUUUUGAGGGAUGGGGCAAGCCCCAGGGCCCCAGGAUCCUGCAGUCUGCAUUAGAGAGGGUCUAGACUGCCUGCCUCUGUGACAAGAGAUUUCAAAGGGUUUACCCUCUAGGAGUCCAUGCAUCCCAACAAAACUAUGGCCUGACCAACUUGACUAAAUGACUGAGUGGGGUGGAGAUACAUUUUUCAUAUUGCUUUGCAACUGCUUAUACUUUCUUUUUGAAAUGCCAAUUAGUCCAGGUUCAGAUUUGUAUAUGAAAGGGCACAUCACCCCUUCCCCCAUCCCCCAAAGGCUGAGGUCACUGCAAGAUGACCAUCAAGAGAAAUUUGCUAAAGUUACUGGAGAUCUGUCUGUUUCUUGAAGACUGAAGAGUUCUGUGAGUGUGGGGUGUUUGUGUUUGGAAAUAUAUACCCUAGUGGAGUGCUCAUGUUCAUGAGCCUGUCAUCCUUUCCAAGAGGGGAUUUCCACUCCUCCUUUUUCUCUCUCUUCCCCCUUCCAUUUUUCAUUCUUCUUCUCCAGCUGGCACUCAAAUGUUCUGUGGCUUCUGGACUGCUCAGCAUUCAUGGGGGGAGCCAGCGGUGGGAGGAGUUUCCUCUUGUCUUAACUCACCACCUGUGUUUGCUAUCGGAAGGAGUGAUUAUUAAUUUUUAUUUUGAUGAUUAGGCUAAAUUCCCAGUCAAAACUGCCUCACUCACUUUUUGUCCUUUGCUCCGGAGGGUGUUUGUUGCCCCCCUCCCCGGCAGCUGCAUUUCUGGGAGGACUGAGGCCAGCCCUGCAAGCACUUGGCGAGAGAGCAAGGAGAUAGCAGCAAGGAGCAGAAGCUGAGUGGCAAGCUGCCCUCCUUUGCCUCUCCUUAGUUAGGGGGGCAUACGGAAGGUGGGAAUUUGGGUAAGGAUUGCCUGGGUCAGGCCAGGUCUUGCUUCACCCAGCCUUCUGUUUCCAGCUCACCAGCAGCAGCCCUCCUCUCCUUGUGCCCAGCACCUGGCAUUAUUUGGUGGUAUGAUGUGCUUGCACAUGGAGGCUCUCUCUAAGAUCUCACUUCCCUUUGUCACCUUUUAAAGCCACCAUGUAAGCUAGUCAUCAUCACUGCGUCCUAGGGGGGUGAAUUCUGCCACUAGGUUGCAUGUUGUGUCCUGAAUAGGCCACCAAUUUGUUUCACUGUGGUGACAUUUCAUUCACAUAGAGACAGAGCGAAGGGAGUCUUACUGGUCUCAAACCAGCAGCCUUGAGGCUCGUGACUCUUUGCUCUUGGCACUGCAUUGGGAGAAGACCUGCUGGGUGUCCUUGUGGUCGGACACACACAAUUUCUUCUGCAGCUUUCAAACAAGUUCUCCAAAGUUUAUAGAUCACAAACACAUUUCUGAGCCAGCCUACACUUGGUGAGUCAUUUUGGUCUGAAAAGAGGAGAAAAACAACAAGACAUGUGGAAUUAUUCAGUACGUGUCACCUGGAGGGCAAUUCUGGUUUGCCCUUGAUAACCAGAGGAGUGGUGGUUUGAAAGCUUGCUCCUCCUUGAGCUGCCCUUCUGGUUCCAAGGAGUCGCUGCCUGUGACUCCUGCUUCCUAUCAGUCCUACCAGGUCAGCUUCCACUCUUAAUUUCCCUCCGUCUUCUCACCCCUUCCAGACCCAGCAUGUCGGGGAUGCACCUGACCAAGAAGGGGCGUGAGCAAAGGAAGCUAGACUUGCACAGGGACUUCACGGUGGCCUCGCCUGCGGAGUUUGUGACUCGUUUUGGAGGAAACCGUGUCAUUGAAAAGGUAGCAUCCCCAGAGAAGGGUAGCACAUCAGGGGGUUUGCGACCAUGGCUGGGUUUCUUGUGGGCUUCUAAAAGAUAUCUCUGGGAGGGUAUGCAUAGUCGCCCUCUUUUGGCAUAAGGUGCAGAGCUCAAAUGCAAAUUUUUCAUAGAAUCACAGAGUUGCAGAAUUGGAGGGGACGCCAAGGGUCAUCUAGCCCAGCCCCCUGCAGUGCAGGAGUCACUGCUAAAGAAUCCUUGACAGAUGGCCAUCCAACCUUUGUUUAAAAACCUCCAAGGAAGGUUGAGUCUGCCACCAUAUUUGUAUCACUUUUCAUUCAUUUUUCUUUCCAUUUUUAAGAAGACCAAGACACUCUUUUGCACAGAGCUUUGGGUUUGGAGGAUGAGGUUAGACUAUCGCUUUCUCCCCCCUGCCCCAAUUUAAUAUUCGUGCAUUACAUGGUUUCAUUGUACUAAGCUUUAUGGAACCCACCCUGGAACCUCAUGGUGAAGGGUGGGCUUAAUAAAUACUUAAGGGUAUAUAGUAAGCAGGUCAUCAUCAGGGGCACCAACUCCUAGAGCAGGGGUCAGCAAACAUUUUCAGCCGUGGGCCAGUCCACCAUCCCUCAGACCAUGUGGGGGGCCCGACUAUAUUUUGGAAAAAAAUUAAAUGAACGAAUUCCUAUGCCCCACAAAUAACCCAGAGAUGCAUUUUAAAUAAAAGCACAGAUUCUACUCAUGUAAAAACACGCUGAUUCCUGGACUGUCCGCAGACCGGAUUUAGAAGGUGAUUGGGCCGCAUCUGGCCCACGGGCCUUAGGUUGCCUACCCCUGUCCUAGAGGCUGAGCUCUUUUAGGCCCCUCCCAUGGGGGGGCGGCCCUCCACCAAUCUUCAGUGCAGCCCGAGGUUGAGAACGGCUGCUUUAAAGUGUAGGGUGUGAAUGUGGCCCACGCUUCUCUUGUAGUCUUUGGAGGAGGGAUUGGGGUGCUCUCCAUUCUCCAGCUGGAAAUCUUUCCAGGAUUAGCUGCUUAGAUGCUUCAGUUGAGAUUCUUGCAUCGCAGGGGGUUGGACUAGAUGACCCUCAGGGUCCCUUACAACUCUGUGAUUCCAUGAUUCUAACAACAAUCAGUAACAAACAUUACCUGUGUGUGGUUUCUUCACAGGUCCUUAUUGCCAACAAUGGCAUUGCGGCUGUGAAGUGCAUGCGCUCUAUCCGCCGCUGGGCCUAUGAGAUGUUCCGCAAUGAACGGGCCAUUAGAUUCGUGGUCAUGGUGACACCCGAAGACCUCAAAGCAAAUGCAGGUAAGCAGCGAGAGUGUGGCUGCUCUGUCUCUGCAUGCACAUUCAGCGCUGCAAAUAAUUCUACCAUUACAAUUUUUCAGAGUAUAUAAAAAUGGCCGACCAGUAUGUGCCAGUCCCCGGAGGAACGAAUAAUAACAAUUAUGCCAACGUAGAAUUAAUUGUGGAUAUUUCAAAAAGGAUUCCAGUGCAGGUAAGGUCUGAAAUGCUCUAUCUGCCUCUUUCCUGUUCCAGAGAACAUGACAACAGAACAGUUUUGGUUUGGCGGCUUUGAGGAUCAGUUGUUUACAACAGGUUUGUAGCUCUUGAGCUUGCUUCCUUGGAGUGCUUUCCGCAACCUUUUGUGUUUGGACCCUCUGUCUGUCUGCCAUGAAACCUCCAUGCAAUGCAAAGGAUUCCUGGGGACAGAUAGAGAGACUCUGCUGGCUCAGGCAGCGGGUGCUCUGGGUGGGGAAUGGCAAUAAGGUGGCUCUGUGACCCUCUGCACUCUCAACCAGUUUCCCUCCUCGGAAUUAAAGCCCUUGGAAAGCAAUUUAAGCAGUAUUCUGGGAACUGUAGUUUGCUAAGGGUGCUGAGAGUUGUCAGGAGACCCCUGUUCUCCUUCCAGAGCUGCAGUUUCUAGAGUGGUUUAAUAGUCAAUCCCUCUUCACAGAGAACUCGGGAUUUGUAGCUCUGGGAGAGAAUGCACCCAUAACAAACUACAUCUCCCAGACGUCUUUGGGGGAAGCCAGGACUGUUUAGAGUGGUAUCCCGCUGCUUUAAAUGCAUGGUGUGAAGGUGGCCAACGCUCCUCUACUCCCCUUAGGGAGUUCUCUGCAAUACGCCUCUCUUGUAAUCUUUGGGCUCUGUAGGGCAGAUCUUGAGUCAAAGCAGCUGUUUAUGGAUCUGAAGUCUGUUUCUAAAAUGCUUUCAUUGCAGGCUGUUUGGGCUGGUUGGGGACACGCAUCGGAAAAUCCAAAACUUCCAGAAUUGCUUCACAAACAUGGCGUUGCUUUCCUAGGUAGGCAUUCUUCCGUGCAGGGGUCCUGACUAUUUUGACAGUGGGCACAACAGCGUCUCCUAAGAUUCCUUUGGAGGAAAAAUGGGGGGGGGGGGGGCUUUUGAAGGUACAAUCUUCUUUUUUUGCCGGGUUUAUUUGGGGACAGGGUAGAUGUUUUGCUUGUUUUAUGAGAUGUGUUUUUGCCAAUUUCUCGUCCUGUGAAUUGAUAUUUUGUGGUGUGCAUGGCAGAAUCUUAGAUUUCCAAUAGACUGACAUGGGGAGCUGGCUCACUGUCUUUGAAAUGCAUGCUGCUGGGUACCUGUUAAUAGGGAUGAUUUCAAGGUUAUUUAUGCACUGAGAGAUUGCUCUGUGUGUGUCCACAUGGAUACAAAAAUAGACAAUUGUCUGCUGUGGUAAAUUGCAAAACCGGGGCCACAAGACGAGCACCUGCUCCUCCUGUGUUAUAUUCUGUGUAGCACUUCAAACUGUAAGUUGCCUGGGGCAGGGGCCUGUCCUCUUGCAUGUUGGUGGCACUGUUAAAUGGGCAGGUGCAGGAUGAGUCGUGUGCCAACCUGCCUGUUGGAACAGGAGCACUGAUGGAGUUUCUGUGGUACAGCAACUAAAAACAAGCAGCAUGCGGAGCAAGUGUAAGCAAGGGAGCUCUGCUGGACUUCUUGUGGGGCCUCUCCUGGCUGCUUCCUUACGCUCUUCCAAUGCUGCCUACGAACGGAUGGGCUCUCAUGCUGUUGUGCGAGGGGACCAUCCGUCCCGCUGGGCCUUGCCCAAGUAAGUACAGUUCUUGGUGGUUUCUUCCUGCACUUACCCCAGGACGACUUGUUCUGUUUUGCCAGGCCCGCCCAGUGAAGCCAUGUGGGCUCUGGGGGACAAAGUGGCUUCCACCAUUGUGGCCCAGACGGUCCAUAUCCCCACAUUGCCUUGGAGUGGAAGUGGUAAGAGAACGUGUGCGCUCUGUCCCUGCCCUAGCUCAGGCUUCUGGUUGGUGCUCCCCAACAAUUGCAGGCCUCCCCUGAUCCCAGCUUCACUCUACACAUGCCCACAGGGGAUGGGACAGAGUGGAGGUUCAGGGCUCAAGGAGCACGGCAGAAACCAAGGCCUGUUUUUGUGAAAUGGAGCCUCUCUCACAUUUUGUCGCCCUCCUACCUACCUCUGCAGUGUUUGACAUGAGCUGAGGAAGAUUAAGUCUCCAUUUAUAUCUUGUCCAGCAUUCUGUUCUCACACUGGCCAACCAGAUACAACAACAACAACAACAACAACAACAACAACAACAACAACAACAACAACAACUCACCCAUCUGGCUGGGUUUCCCCAGCCAUUCUCAAUGGAAAACCAACAAGCAGAACCCAAACACAAGAGCAGCCAUGAAUUUGUCCAAUUUCCUGGGCUGGUGGCCAUCUCACUGCCUCCUGUGGGAGUGAGUUCCAUAGUUCAACUCUGCGCUGCAUGAAGAGGUCAUUUCUUUGGUCCUCUCCCAAUCUUUCAACAUUCAGCUUCGCUGGACAUCCAUGAGUUCCAGUGUUUGGAAAGAGGGAGAGAAUACUCCUCAUGAUCGCUAUGUGUUACUUCCAGGACCCGAAGCCUCUGAAUUCCAGCGGCUGGGGAGCAACCAAGGGAGAGGGCUGCUCCUGGGCUCAUGUUCUGCUUCUGGACUUUGCUGGGGCAUCUAGUUGGCAAGGAUGAGAUCAGGAUGCUGGGCUUGAUGCCCCCCCCCCAGCCUGAUCCAGCAGGGCUUUGCUUACAUGCGCUGCCUGGAGGUGAUGGAGAGGCCCCUGUGGGAUGCCGGUCCGGGCAGGCCUCUGGUCGGAUCCAGCCCGGCUGUUCUUACAUCCCUGUGGCCACCACCUAAGGCUUCUUGAUGUGAAUGUUUCCAGGUUUGGUUGCUGAGUGGAUGGAGGACGAGAAGGAGCAGCCAAGAACCAUCACUGUCCCCCUGGAGACGUAUUGGCAGGGCUGCGUCAGGGAUCAGGAUGAAGGCCUGGAGGUAACGCAGGUUCAGAGGGGACUUUGGACUUCAGAGCAGGGGUGGCUGACCUGUGGCCCUGCCAGGGCCAGACUAGGACAGAAAAUGCCACCCGACUCCUCCUCACUCUUCCACCACCUAAGGCAACUUGAGGCAGCCGGGGGAAGCCCUGAAGGUGGCGGGGGAGGGAGCAGUGGGAUGGCGACGGUGGAGGAAGAGGCGCAGGAGGCAGCAAGCGGCUCUGGAGGUCAGAUUUGCUGCUCCUCCAGCUGCCCCCAGCAAGCAAGCCCUGAGCCCAGCGGAUGCUGCCUGACUUGGAAUCACCCCCUGAAAUUGCAAAACCCCCAGCAGAAUUUCCUCCCAAGGCACAUUCCAGCUGCAAAAGGGGGGUUUUCCUCAGGGCCACAACACACCUGAAAAGGGUUGCAUUCUCCACACACAGCUUCCUUCUCAAAAAGAAACAUUAUCAGCCUUGAAGAAAUCCUGUGCAAUUUAACAGCCACAUUGCAGGAAGAAUUUGCCACCAAGGCUUUUCCCAUCAGCCCUUACUAAGUGAGAGAAGCUGAGACAACCAGGUGUCUCCCUUUCCCACCAAAUUUUUAAGCCUCAGGGUUCAGGGCUGAAUUUUGAUCUGCAGUUCAACCCUGAAACAUGACACAUUGAGGAGGAGUGGGGCAGCAUUUGUAUCGGGCAAAGGUGGUAACUCCCUGGGGGGCAGCCAGCAGCCUUGUUACUUAAGGAGCCCAUAGCUCUGUGUGUGUGUAGCUGGGCACUUUUCACAGGGUGAAUCAGCCACCAUUUUGUACCGAGGGAAGUCUAGGCUGUCCACACUUCGCCUGAGAGAAGCACCGGCCUUGGCCUCCGAGAGGAGAUGGUUCGCUCCGUAGUCCGGGGCUGCGAUUAGCGGAGAAUGGUCCUUUAGCUCUUUGCCAUCUGACUCUUAUUUUCCUUUCCUUUCCUUUUUCUGGAAUUCCCUUUCUCUCAGGCUUCCGAGAAAAUUGGCUACCCUGUGAUGAUCAAGGCUUCGGAGGGAGGGGGCGGCAAAGGAAUCCGGAUUGUAGAAGCGGCAGAAGAGUUUCCCACCCGCUUCAGACAGGUGAAAGCUGCCGUGGUGGAUUUAUUAUUAAUUUACCCCGCCCUUUUCUCCACUUAACAAUUAAAUGUUUAAUUGUUUGUUUACGGUUAACUCGUUAUGUUAAUGUGACAUUUCUGUAUUAAUGAAUUUAAUUUCAUAGAAUGUAUAUGCCACUUGAUUGUAAAACAAACAAACAAACCAUCAAAUCAGUUUGCAAAGAGAGUUAAUAAAAUUAUAAGUAAAAACAAUUCUUUGAUGUUCAAAAGAUAAAAUCAGCAAUAAUACAUCAACAUUCCACAUAUCUAGGUAGGCUUGUCUAAACAAUAAUGUUUUUAGCUGGUGCCAAAAAGAGUGCCUGGUGUAAAUAGGCAGGGGGUUCCAGAGUGCAGGUGCUGCCACACUAAAAUAUCCAUUUUAUAAUCUUAUAAUCCAUGCAAGUGCCACUUCAGAACAUUUGCAAGUAUCUGAGGUUUUGCUUCAUGUAUGAAAAGUUUCCAUAGCCAAGGACAAAGCAUAUUGACUGCUAGGCUUCCUUUUGGAAAUUGAGGCCGGGGUAUGUUACAAAUACACUAAAAUGAAAUUCAGAUGCUGCUCUUUGCCGCGGGUGCAGAGAACCUCAAGUCUAGGAGCUGAAUAUGGCUCUACGUUUAGUCCUCUCUGUCUGGCCCUCAGGACUCCCCCCAAGUCGCAUUUCUCCACUCCCUCCUUGAGGGCUUUGGCUGGAUGUAUCCUGGAACCGUGACAGUGCCUCUUGAGGAGAGCUGUGUGGCGCUGUGUGGCUUGCAGGUAGUCCAUUGUGCAAUGGGAAAAGCCCCCCCCAGGGCUCCACCCACUCUGGCCUCUGGCCCCGCCCACAGCUGGUAUGUGGCCCUCAGAAAGUUCUGUUCAUGAGGGAAUGCGGCCCUCAAGCUGAAAAAGGUUUUCCAGCCCUGCCUCCCAAAAGCUGCACAACAGAGAAUCCUUAAACCUUUGGCUUCUUCAGAAUAUCUGAAAAUGUGUUCACUUUUAUUAAAAUUGGCAGAUCUGUACUUUGGGCUUUCCUGUGGAAAAAAAUUGGGCUUUUUCUCCCAAUGCUGAAUCCAGAUUAAACACAUGGGUUGUUUUAAUGUGUUCAUAACAAACAGCACAAAUGUUGCUUCCAGCGUUGCCGCCUGCUGUGGAGUUUGCCCUUGGAGAGGCAUAAAUCAUUAACAGAUGUGAAUCAGUCUGUGACGUCUGCAUUCCUUUAAGGCAGGAGUUUUCAGUAGGGUGCAACUUUGACGAUUUGAAAAACCACUUUGGUUGACUAAAAACGCCUCUGAUUAACUGAGCAGCAUUUACUGUGUUUGUUAUUAACAUGAACAUGGCUUAGAAAGGAUGCUACCUGUUCACUCCUGCACAGGGUGGAUGCCUCUCCUAAGCUGCUGCAGUAUAUAUGUUGCAACAAUUUAUUUCUUAGCGUUUGGGUUUUAUCACAUGCACAUUCAACUCACUGGCCUCAUACAACUACCUGGUGUAUAUGCAUUCCUAUGCAUAUUUACUCAGAAGUAAAUUCCAUUAAAUUCAGUGGAGCUUACUCCCAAGCAAGCACCCUGGAAAUUGUUUGUUCAGGUGAUGACUCACAUUAUCAGGCCAGCUCUCCAGGGUGAAAUCUCUGUUGUGAAACCCCUGUGCCCAGCAGAAGCGUCCUGGCAUCUGUCUGUACAGUGUGCUUUUGUGCCUCUGUGUUCUUUGAGUGUUGCUCCCUCCCCUGCCCUUUCCUGAUCUUCCUUACCUUAUGGCCCACACAAUUCAGCACCAGUAAACUGUCUCCACAAGCCUCCCCCCCCCUUGAAACUUUGAAACACCAAACUUUGGGUGUCUCAUAGCCUUGUCCUGUCCUCCGCUCACAUCCUUCCCCAGUCCCAACCUUGAGUAAUGCUGCUCUGGAAUGUACCUGGAAGGCCAUAGCCAACAUGACUUGGCCGCUGUACUCCAUGCUCUGGUAGCUUCCAGACUGGCUUGUUGUAAUGCAUGCAUCUCUUUCUACAACUCAGAAACUCCCAAAUGGCCCCAAAGGCAAUGACCAGGUUAUGGAUUGCUUUGUGUUAAUUGGUGGGUUUUUUGUCACCCACACCCAUCUCAGCUUCCCCUCCUAUCCAGCUGGUGUGGAUUGUGUAGCAUUGAUUCCUGCACUGCGGGGCCUUGGACCAGAUGACCUUUUGGGUCCCUUCCAGCUCCACAAUUCUAUGAUUCUGUGAUUCUAGGUGCAGAGUGAGGCUCCAGGCUCUCCGAUCUUUGUGAUGAAGUUGUUGCAGCACGCCCGUCACCUUGAGGUCCAAGUCUUAGCAGAUCAGUAUGGGAACGCGGUUUCGUUGUUUAGCCGGGACUGCUCCAUCCAAAGGAGGCACCAAAAGAUUAUUGAAGAAGCUCCAGCAACUGUAGCAGCAACGUCUGUGUUUGAAUACAUGGAACAGGUACACACACCUGAGUUUUCCAACACAGGCUGUGAGCCAGGGGAUGGGAAAGGGUCAUAGCUCUGUGGUAGACCACCUCCCUUGCAUGCAGAAGGUUCCAGGUUCCAUCCCCAAGGAUUCCCAGGUAGGGCUGAGAGAGACUCCCAGUCCAUGUAGACAGCACUAAGCUGGCUUGGGCCAAUGUUCUGAUAUGGUAAAAGGCAGCUUUCUCUAUUCUUAUUUAAGCUAGCCCAUUAUCUGGGACCACAGUAACUGGAUUCUUAUUCUACAGUAGCAGAGAGUGCCUGGUGCUUCCCAGGAUUUUUUAGAAAUAAAAAAUGUUUUUUAAAAAAUGGAUGGUGUAAUUCAUGGGUUUGGACCCAUCAUGCCAAAAACCAGGCAAAGUCGCAGCAAACUUGCAUUUUGGUCUGCCAUUCUGAUUCAAAAUGGCACCUGGCACCCAAGCGUUGACAGAGACCCCUGUCCCCAUCUCCUUGUUUGCACGCACCAAAACAAUAAGCAAACUGAACUGCAGCCACCAUUUGCAAAUCAUGUUUUUCUGAGUUUUGCAAUGCAGGUAUACAGGCAACCCCUCAUUUACAUAGGUUCAAUAUGUGCGUGACUGUGCACACAUGGAUUGGGCAGAGGCAGAACGAGGUGUUUGCAGGCUUUUUCAGUGGUGUUUCAGAUGUGUGCAAUUUCACUGACACAUGUGGUUCCUUAGAACGUAACCCCCGUGUAAAUGGCCUACGUAUAUUGCCUAUAUUGGGGAAAAAUGCACACAGAACAUAACAAAGAAAAAGUUGAUGCAUUAGGGGAACUUGCUUGGGAAAUUGUGCAGAAAUGACAUAACAAAAAUUUAUAUACUGGGUGGAAUGUGCACUAAAAUGCAUAUAUAUUUUUUGUGGUGACUUCCCUUUCCCACAGGCCCACAUCCCUGUUUUUCAUUUUAUUAUUUAUUUCCCUUUAUAGACUGCCUCUUCUCCAAAGACCUCCUCAUGGUUCCCUUUUGCCCUCUUCCUCCUCCCCCUCCUUCCUUCACACUCACAACCACCCUGUGCUGUAGAUCAGGCUGAGACCAGGGUCACCCGUAGUACUUUGGGGGUGAGUGUGGAUUUGAACCUGUGUCUCCCUAGUCCCUGCCCCAACACUCCGACUGCAGCACCACACUGGUCCUUGUCCCGUGUUCAAAUCUCACCUUCACCGCAAACUAUUUUGUUUCUUUACUUGCUGAACAUAUUCCUUAUUCUUCAAAAUUCAGUUCUCCAAAGCAGCCAAUAUAUCACAAUGCAAGAAAAAUUAAAGUCAAAGUUUCAGAUAAUGUAGAAGCGUGCACUUCUCUGGAUGAAUUGUUCCUGUCACUCUCCCAAGGCAUUGCGUGUUUUAUGGAGGCUUAUUUUGCGUGGCUGCUUUUCUCCACAGUGCGCUGUACGACUUGCCAAAAUAGUGGGAUACGUGAGCGCGGGAACGGUGGAAUACCUCUACAGUGAAGAUGGCAGCUUCCACUUCCUGGAGCUGAAUCCGCGCCUGCAGGUGGAACACCCUUGCACCGAGAUGAUUGCUGAUGUUAACUUGCCUGCUGCCCAGCUUCAGGUAAUUCAGAUACUACUAAAUGGGGUUUUUGUCCCGUGGCCCUUCCCAGCCAGCAUGGCCAGUGGUCAGGAAUGAUGGGUGUUGUAGUUCCAGCAACAUCUGGAGGACCACAGGGGACCCAUCCCUGUUCUCUAGGACUAGUGGGAAGCAGGAUCUUUGCAGGGACCUAGAAAUUUCUAAGCCUGGUGUUGUUCUCAUACCACCAAAAGUCAGUCUCUUUAAGGUCUUUUUCAUUGUAGUAAUUUAUUUAUUGCAUUUUUAUCCCAUCUUUUCCUCCAUGGUGCUCCAGGGUGCCAUAUGUUCUCCCUCUUCAUGUUUAUUCCCCCAAACAACCCUCCUUUACCUAUCCAGUGAAGUAGGUGAGGCAGAGAGGCAGUGAUUCAGUGACUGGCACAAGGUCACACCCAGUGAGCCUCAUGGGCAAGGAGGGAUUUGAACCCUGAUAUCCCAGGACCUCGUCCAGUACGCCAGCCACACUGGCUCUCCAGUUGCAGUAAAGAAUGUAGGAAGAGCCCUGCUGGAUCCGGCCAAGCGCCCAUCUAAUCCAGCAACCUCCUUCCCACAGUGGCUGGCCAGGUGCCUGCAUUUAGCUCUUCUCCAUAAGAAUGUAGCAGAGAAAAUAACCGGAGACUGAAGUGAGCUUGCAGACCCUGGUUAAGAGGGGAACCUGAUUAGUGCUAAACAUGAUUAAGACUUGGUGCACAUGUACUCUUCAACUGUGGAUGAGCGUAUGGGAGCCUGUAAGAGAGAGAAAAAAGGAGUAUGGGAUUUUUACAAGCCACUCCUAAUCUCUUAGCUGCGGUUGAGACUAUGGGUUCAUCCACACUCCCAUUUGCUUUCUAGGCACAGGUCCGAGCAGUUACCCCCUUUCCCCGCUCCUUUCCCAUGGAAAACCCAUUCUUUAGUGCUAAAUUAGAGCAAACAUCAAUCUGGAGAAAACCUGAAUUGCACUUUGCUCUGAUUGAGCACCAAAAAGCAGUUUUCUCUGGGGGGAAGCAGAGGGAAAAGAGGAAAUGUGAAUAAGCCUUUAAGGGUUAUCUGCAUUCACUUGGCAGUUUAUUUCAUUUUCCUGUUGUUUCCCUAAUUGUUAAGUUCUGGUUUAUAUUUGAGCUUUCACGUGAUGUAAAAGACACUUCCUGAAAUAUAGUGGAAUAUAGCACAAGUUUAGCACUUGUUUCCAUGUUAUUUGCAAAUAGAUUUAUUUUCUGGAAGCAAAUAUCAUGGAAAUGAGUGCUAAAUGUACACCAUAUUACCAGAAGUAGUUUUUAUGUUAUCUGAAAACUCAAAUAGAAUGCAGAAAUUAACAGUCAGGGAAAUGUCAAUAAAACAGAAUAAACUGCCAUGGAAUGCAGCCAAUAUCUUGCCAUGUGUUCUGAUGCAAAGAAGAUAACUGCAUCCCAUGAACUAAAAUGUUUGUAAAAGCAUCUGGAAAGGACCCUGAAAGGUCCAAGAAAUUCUGUUUCCUUUUGCCCCUUCUUUUCUCUUCCUCCUCUCAGAUUGCCAUGGGUGUGCCUUUGCACAGACUGAAGGACAUCCGAGCCCUCUAUGGAGAACCCCCCUGGGGGGAUUCUCCCAUUGCCUUUGAGAGCCCCAGCAAUGUGCCCGUCCCCAGGGGCCACGUGAUUGCAGCACGGAUCACCAGUGAAAAUCCUGAUGAGGUCAGUCAUGGAGACUCAAGCUGUCCUUACCUGUAAGGAGAUGGAGAGGGGGUGCUGAGAGAGCUUGGGUCCACAUUGCAAGCGUGUGGGAUGUGAAUCCUUUUAUCAAGCAGUGUCAAACUUCUGUGCAACAGGAGUUCACAAAUUGCCUAUUGUUUAUUUAUUUAAUUUUUUUGGACCCCAGCUUUCCACCUAAGGUUCUGUUAUGCUGCUUACAAUCUAAAAAUGAAAUAAAAGCACAAUCCAGCAACCAUUAAAUAUGAACAUAUAACAAUGAAGUUUAUUAUUAAAUAUUAUUAUUCAAGAUGAAGCAGCAAGGACUAGCAGCCGCAAUAAAACACAAUUAAGUCCAGGAUUGCUUGGAGAAGAUCUUGCAGGAACUCAGAUGACCCUGCAAGAUCUGCAAGAGCCCCCCCCCCUUAAUGAGGGCACUGCCUGGGCCUUACCCCUUCAAGCAAGAUGGGGAGCGUCAAAGUGGACACAAAAAGAGCUUUUAAGCUUUCCGCCUUGCUUGGAUUUAACUUGUGGAAUUUCAAUCAUGUUCUACCACGUAUGGUUGAAAUAAUUCAAGUUAAGAGUGCCUGUGAUACGAUCACACUGUAGUAAAGACCUGGGGACAUUAAAGCCCACAUCCGUUUUUUCUUAGUACCGGUCAGGUAACACCAUCUAUGCUUUUCAGUGACUCUGCUGUCUCAUGUUUACCAUUUUUGUGGCAAGCUGCCUUUUGAGACCUCACUUAAAAGUCGGCGGGGAAAUAAGGCAAAAGUGUAAACGCAUGUUCUCCCCCCCCCCACUUUCCUGCUCCCCAUGUCUCUCUUUUGCACCUUGCAGGGCUUCAAGCCAAGCUCUGGCACCGUGCAGGAGCUGAAUUUCCGCAGCAACAAGAACGUCUGGGGGUACUUCAGUGUGGCAGCCACUGGCGGCUUGCAUGAAUUUGCUGACUCUCAGUUUGGACACUGUUUCUCCUGGGGAGAGAACCGAGAGGAAGCCAUCUCGUGAGUAUUUCACUGUCAUCAACCUUAGUGGCCUUAAGGAGUUGGGAGCAGGUUACCUGCGAGAUCACCUUGCCCUGCAUAUGCUCACUUGACUGCUUUGAGCUUCAGAAUGGGCGCCCUUGGAGGUGCCACAUAACAUUUGUUCCACAUUGUGGCCGCACCAUACUUUGGAACUCCCUGCCUAUAGAUACCACUGUGAAUCUAUACAGUGAAUAGAUAUUCACUGUAUUCUUUUUCACACCUGCAAGAACCACUUUUGUUUAGGCAAGCCUGCCCAGAUACAUUGAAUGUUGCCAUGUUGUUUUAAUCUGAUUUUAGCUUAUCACUGAGGUUAAUUAUUAUUUGAAUGUUUUAAAUAGCUGCUUUUAACUGUUGCUGAACUACAACUCCCAUCACCCCUGGCCUUUGGCCAUGCUUGCUUGGGCUGAUGGGAGUUGUAGUUCAGCAACAUCUGGAGGGCCAAAGCUACCCCACCCCUACAGUAAGUUAAAACAAGAGCCAUAAUGUUGGGCUGUGAGCUUUCCCCCUCAAAUGGCAGUCACCAAAGUGUAGCUUGAGGAUAAGGAAAUGUGCAGCUUCAUGAUGUGAUGGUAAACUUUUUAGAUGAUCAGACUGCAAUCCUAUCCACAUCUGUUUGGGAGUAAUCCCAACUGAGUGAAUGCAAAGGGUUGCCCUGCAGAUGUUAUUAGGGAGAGGAGAGAAGGAGAUGCAAGACUGCCUCUUUUCAUACCAGCAUUUCCAGUAACAUCUACUGUAAUUCCAGGCUGUGAUUGGAUGAUACUUCAGAAAGGGCCUUGCUUCACCCCCUGAUAAAUCAAAUUUCCAGCUAUCUUUUUGAGAAAAGCAAAUUUAUUGCUGUAUGCAGAGUCUAGAUAAAAAAUAAAAAUAAAAUCUCCUGAGGCAGAUCUGUACCUUAAUAAGAAAGGUUAUCUUCUCAGAAACUUAGUAGUAGCUCUGAAGGAGCUGUCCAUCCGUGGGGACUUCAGGACGACAGUCGAGUACCUGGUCAAGCUGCUGGAAACAGAGAGUUUCCAGGCCAACGAGACUGACACCAGCUGGCUAGAUCACCUGAUUGCAGAGAAAGUGCAGGUGAGCCGGGCUCCGGGUGCCAGUCAUUUAUGCCAUGCUUCUGAAUAUAUACUGCAUAUUUUUUAUUAACCUUUUGGGAUUCAAAUAUGUGAGCACCUUGGUCUGAAUUCUUUCUUCUUAUGAAGAAGUUGUCUGUCUAUCGGUCUGCCUACAUUAUUUUCCCUUCAGGCAGAGAAGCCAGACACUAUUCUGGGCGUGGUCUGUGGCGCUCUCAACGUGGCGGAUGCUCUGUUCAGGACGUCUAUGGAUGACUUCCUGCAUUCGCUUGAAAGGUAAAGCGCCACCUAAAGGAGUGUUGGGGGUGUUACACCACUCAGCCGCAUUUGAGAAACUCUUCCUACUCACCUGGGCUUUGGUGCUGACUUGCAGUCGCAAAUUAUGUUGCAGGGAAUGGCAGCAUAGCUAAAGAGCAGCUGUCCGAGCAUAGCAGCAAAGUGUGUGUGUGUGGAAUGCUUAGAGUAUUCUAAAGGUGCUCUGCAGAUCUGUCUUCAAAAGAUUGUUCUGAAGAGUAACUGAAGGGCGGUGGAGAGGGGAGGAAGAGGAUUGUAGGGCAAUUUUUGUGCUAAGAUGGGAUUGUCUUCCAGGGGCCAAGUCCUACCAGCAGCCUCACUUUUGAACAUUGUUGACGUUGAGCUUAUUUACGAAGGCAUGAAAUACUCACUCAAGGUAAUGCUUGCGAAAGGUUGAUCCAGAGGGGAAGGCUCAGAGAGCCAGUUGAUUUGUGUGCCAAACGCCCCAGGCUCAGUCCGCAAAGACUACUCCAGUUAGGCUGGGGAAAGACUCCUGUCUGAAGCCCUGGAGAGCCCCUGCCAGCCAGUGCAGGCAACACUGGGCUACAUGGACUUGACACAAGGCGGCUUCCCACCGGGAAUUUUGGUAUGCAGGGUGUGGUUUGGGAACAUGAUUGGAGAGCAGACUGUACCGGUUGCUUAGGGAGUAAAAAGAUAAUGAAGUUGUUCAUCAUGGGACAUACCGUAUUUUUCGUCCCAUAGGACGCUCCGUCCCAUAGGACGCACCUAGUUUUUUGGGGGGGAAAUAAAGGAAAAAUUUUUUUUCCUUUAUUUCCCCCCCAAAACCAGGUCGGGGAAACCAAACCAGGUCGGGGAACAGCGGUAUGGCGGCGCUCCGCCUCCCCGCUGUCCCCCGAGCUUGUGGGGCUGGCACUGGGGAGAAGCGCGCUUCUCCCCAGCGCCAGCCUCCAAACCAGGUCGAGGAACAGCAGGAUGGCGGCGCUGCGCCUCCCCGCUGUCCCCCAAGCUUGUGGGGCUGGCCGAUGUCUGCCUGAAGCGCGGGGCGCUCUGCUUCAGCGUGCCCUGCGCUCCGUGCAGCAGGCUGCUAUCCGCAGCCUAGGGAGCCCUGCGGGAACUCCCGCGGGCUCCCCAGGCUUGCUGAUAGCUUCCUGAAGCCUGAAGAGCGAGAGGGGUUGGUGCGCACUCACCCCCUCGCUCUCCAAGCUUCAGCGAAAGCCUGUAUUCGCCCCAUAGGACGCACACAGACUUCCCCUUCAUUUUUGGAGGGGGAAAAGUGUGUCCUAUAGGGCGAAAAAUACGGUAAAUACAGGUGCCACUACCUGAACAUAAUCAGUCCUCAGGAAAUGGUUUGUCAUGAGAGUGUUUGUGUAACAAGUCAACAUUUUCUAUUGAUUCCUAUGAGGAAAUGUAUAUUGCUUUUCUAACCACGCAAUUCUAUCCCCAAAAUGACGAAAAGACCCAGGAAACCCCUCUGAAACCUUGCAAAAAGCAAACAAGGAAGGGAAAAAUGCUCUUAUUUGCCCCAUCUCUCCCCCUUCACUCCCAGCUGCUGCAGAACAGCUGCUGCAGGCCAGCCAAACAUGGAAAGCAAGGCUUCCUUGAGGCAGCUUAUCUACACGCAGAUCUGGCUGUUUGAAUAUCUGAAUCUGCAGUGUGUAUUGUGAGGUUGGAAGUGAGCAGGGUGAUAGAUGGGGUAACUUGGGGGUUUCCUUCCCUCUCUGAGGGGAAGAUGGGUAAAAAGGCUCCUGUUUUCUUUUUCUGGCGCUUGGGCAGGUUGCUCGCCAGUCGCUGUCUACCUACGUGAUCAUAAUGAACAACACCCACAUAGAGAUUGACGUCCACAGGUUGAACGACGGGGGGCUCCUGCUCUCCUACGAUGGCAACAGUUAUACCACGUACAUGAAGGAAGAAACAGACCGGUAAGUGGAUUUCUGAGUUGCUGCUUCUUGCUCUUUGUGGAAUCCAGUUCAAGGCUUAGCAAGGGAGAGAAGCUUUUCCAGGCCACCUACAAGGGAAGGGAGCGGCUUUGUCUGGCCACACGUGCAGCAGCCGUUUGCUCACAAUUAAGUCGCAGUUGCCUGUGAUGUCAUGGCUAGCAGCUUAGGCUGGGAGCUGUAGGCCAGGGCUGUGCAUUUCACUUUGGCUGUCAGGUCCUGCAUUCAGUUCCCAGACCAGAUAAGACAAACCUUUAGAAGAGGGAGGAAAGAUUAGCAUAAAAGCAGUAACAGCUCACAUAGAAAAAGGGGGGAACUCUAAAGAAGAGCAUAACAACUAGAGCUGCAGUGUUAAAGUUAUAAGUAGCUAGAUUAAUCAACUAAAUGGUGCCUCAAUUAAUUGGGCCGCAGAUUUUAAUUUUUUUUACAUGUGCAAAUACUAUUUUUAAUACAACUAUUUAUUAAAACUGCUUAUAUGGUUGGCAGGUGGCAGUGAUCUGUUUUAAUCUGGUGUUUUUGUCAUAGCAUAAAUCUGAAGCAAAAAAAGCAUGAGAGUUGGAAGGUACCCCCAGGGGUCAUCUAGCCCAACCCCCGCAAUGCAGGAAUCACACCUAAAGAAUCACUCACAGGUGGCCAUCCAACCUCUGUUUCAAAACCUCCAAGGAAGGGAGAAUCCUCCACCUUCUGAGAUUGGGCGUUCCACAUCCUGUGCUUGAGAACUAUUCUGUACAUUCAUUGGCAAAUUAAUCACCCCCCCAUUAAAUUAGUUUAAAUAUUUAAAAUGAAUAUUUAACUUAAGAUUUCUUGGUCACAGCAACUGAUGGAAAGACGCAACGGUAAAGGGACACCCUUCUCUCUGCAAUGGGUAGCAGCUCACACCCUAAAAGCUAACCCCCCCCCCGUCUCUUUUCGGCUCCAGAUACCGCAUCACCAUUGGCAAUAAAACCUGCCACUUUGAAAAGGAGAACGACCCAACCUUGCUCCGUUCUCCCUCUGCUGGGAAGCUCCUGCAGUACACGGUGGAUGACGGGGGACACGUCUGUGUGGGCCACAGCUAUGCGGAAAUCGAGGUAGCCCUGGCGUUUGGCCGGCUGGGAAGCAUUUCUGAGGAUGCUCUGGAGCUGCCUUCCCAGCCCCCGCAUGGCACAGGCAAACGGGAGCGUAUUGGGCGCAGUGAACUUUCAGCUGCAGAGUGGGUGGGGAUGAGUGGAUCAUUUCUGGGGUGCCCCCUUUCCCUGGAUGUCCCAAGCGCACACUUAUUUUGCUUAAGGGCUAAUCCAGCCCUGCGUGAAUCCAGCUUUCAUCCGAGGCCUGUCAGCAAGGGUGAGGAAGCCUCCUGUCACUCUCCAAACAGGUGAUGAAGAUGGUGGUGACCUUGGCAGUGGAGGAAUCGGGCCUCAUCCAUUACGUGAAGCGGCCAGGUACAUUGCUGGAGACGGGCUGCGUUGUGGCGAGGCUUGAGCUGGACAACCCCACCAAAGUCCACCUGGUAAGUGAGCCGAGGCUGAUUGGGAAAGGAAGGUGUGUCUGGCUGGGCUCUGCUCCGCCCUUCCGGAUUCUGCUGACCUGUGGUUCUAAAAGGAUUUUCUCUGCUUUCUUGUGCUGCCCUCCCCAAUGUCUCCCCAUCCCCACCUCCAGGCCCAGUUGUACACCGGUGGGCUGCCCACUCAACAGCCCCUGCCCAUCCUUGGUGAGAAAUUGCACCAGGUCUUCCACAACGUGCUGGAGAGCCUGAUGAACGUCAUGAAUGGAUAUUGUUUGCCAGAGCCAUAUUUCAGCACCAAAGUAAGGGGGGGGGUCUCUUUGUGUGCAAAGACCCCUGGCUGGUUUUGCAUGUGUGAGCUUUUGUAAUAUGAUUUUUAUUAAGAUUAAUCUAAAACAAUACAAACAACAGAUCUAUCAGUCAAAGCCAAGUCCCACACCCUCUCAUGCCAGAUGCUUCACUUGUCCUGCACAGAAAGCAAGGAGGUUGUGGGUUGCCCUGGAGGCCAACAAAGUCCCACAGGGACAGGAAGCCUUCUUCUAAUCUCCUUCCUGCUGGGAGGAGCUUGGGGGUGGCAGGGCCGAGCCACGUCAGAGGCUGUGGUGGUAAUGCGGAAUAGGGCUCAACAGUUCCUGGCAGGAACAAGCCAGGGAUCUUCCACAAGCAAAGCAAGUGGGGCCUCUUCCUUGUGCUUGGGAGGCUCCCAGGCAAAGCUGGCUUUCAUUGCGCCAGACAGUUUUCUCAGAUGUGCAGAACUUCUCUUAAUACAGUCAUACCUCGGGAUAAAUACGCUUCAGGUUGAGCGCUUUCGGGUUGUGCUCCGUGGCGACCCGGAAGUAACGGAGUGCGUUACUUCCGGGUUUCACCGCUCGUGCAUGCGCAGACGGUCUAAAUGACGUCACUCGCAGGCGCGGAAGUGGUGAAACACGACCCAUGCACGCGCAGACGCACUGUCGCGUCUUACGUUCUGUUCAGGAUGCGAACGGGGCUCCGGAACGGAUCCCGUUCACAUCCCGAGGUACCACUAUACUUCCCUUGGGUUCCUUGGCAGUCCCCAUACCAAUAGAACCCCUCAGCACAAACUGCGAUGCCCCUGAACUUGCCUUUUCCCAAACUGAAUCUGUGUCUUAUUUGGGAGGUCCUUGUGUCCCUGAUAAUUUACUCCUUUUUGAUGUUGUUGUUCAGGUCAAAGAAUGGGUCUUCAAGCUGAUGAAGACCCUCCGGGACCCCUCUCUUCCUCUCCUGGAGCUGCAGGAGAUCAUGACGAGCAUUUCGGGCCGCAUCCCGCCAUCUGUGGAGAAGUCAAUCCGGAAAGUGAUGGCCCAGUAUGCCAGCAACAUCACCUCAGUGCUGUGCCAGUUCCCCAGCCAGCAAGUGAGGCCUGCAGUGGGGGGAGGGCAGGUGAUGCCAGGAGGACUGGGGGUGGGCUGCCUUCAAAGAAAUGCUGGGGAGGCCCAGGGGGGAUCCUGAGAGAACUGGGGGUGUUCUUGAGCUUUGUGCAGAGUUUCCCCUCCCCUCCCCCUCCCUAGGUCUGUGUAACUGAAGUUACUGCUCUUCUCCAGUUGGCAUGCAGGGGUCCUCCAGACUGUGAUGUGUUAAUAUGCGACAGCAAAGGGGUCUAAUGCAAUCCUGGGCUGCAUCCACAGAAGUCUAGUGUCCAGCUCAAGUCAUUGUACAGCUCUAUUCUGCCUUUGUCAGGCCCCCCUGGAAUCUUUGUCCAGUUCUGGGCGUCACAAUUUAAGACGGUUAUGGACAACCUGGAAGGUGUGCAGAGGAGGGCGACCAAGAUGAUGAAGGGUCUGGAAACCCAGCCUGAUGAGGAACAGGUUGAAGGAGCUGGGGAUGUUUAGCCUGGGAAAGGGGAGACUGAGAGGGGACUUGGCCUUACUCUCAGUAUAUGAGGGCGCUCAUACAGAGGAUAGAGUGAGCUUGAUUUCUGCUGCUCUAGAGGGUAGGACAUGAACCAAUGGAUUCAACUUUCUGAUGGUAAGAGCUGUUCAGUAGUGGAGUGGACUCCCCCAGAAGGCUCUCCUUCACUGGAGGUUGUUAAACAGAGGUUGGAUGGCCAUCUGUUGGGGAUUAUUUUGCUGUGAUUCUUGCAUUGCUGGGAGUUGGACUGGAUGACCCUUGAGAUCCCUUCCAGUCCUACAGUUCUUUGAUUCUAUGAACAUCCUCUGCUGCUCUGGAGAAAGAAGCAUGGGCACAGAACUGAAAGUGCAGAAACAGGCAGCUCCCAAGUCAUCUCCUCUAGUGUUUCUCCUUGCCCUCUCUAAAAGACAUGCUGGGGUCCAUAAAUGGCUUCAGGGAAGAGGGCUCUUGUGCUCAGGUCCUGCUUGCAGAUGUCGUACAGGCAUCUGCUUGGCCCCUCUGAGAACAGGAGGCUGGACUAGAUGGGCCACUGGCUGGAUCCAGCAGCCGGGCUCUUCUGAUGUUCUUUUGCCUCCCAGAUUGCCAGCAUUCUGGACAGCCAUGCAGCCACCCUGCAGCGGAAAGCUGACCGGGAGGUCUUCUUCCUGAACACCCAGAGCAUCGUGCAGCUAGUUCAGAGGCAAGUCCAGGGGAUGGGCACCCUGCCUUUCUCUUCACUUACAUGCAGCAUACAUUCCCUACACCCAAUGUGUGUGCUGGGUGUCUGGUUUUUUUCUGCUUUCCUAGCUGGGGCUGAUUUGAGUUGUAGUCAAAAACAUCUAGACAGCACCAGGUUGAGGAAGGCUGGUUUAAUGAAUAUGCUGUGGCCUUGCCUAGAAGGAGGAGAGUUGCAGCAAACAGCCCAUUGGGGCCUUUUCCUACAUUAUAUAUUUGAAAGUUGUUUCUUUCUUUAAGAUUUCAUAACUAAAUUUUGCAUGGUGGCUCCUCAGUUCAAGAAUCGGAUUUUCAUUUACAUUGGGAUACAGUUGGAUACCAUUUUGAAUCAAGAUUUGGUUUCUUAGAAUUCCAGAGCAACACAGGGGACAAGGCUGUUAGUGAUGGAUAUAUAUAUAUAGAAAAGUUUUAAAUCUCCAGUUCAGCUUGCUCUGACCUGAUACAUAAAUUAUGUGCUUCCUUUUUUUUAAAAAAAGUAAAACCUUCAUACUUUUUCAUCUACUUUAUUCGAACAGCUGUGCUUCACAAUUAAAUUCCUCAAGCUAGCAACAUGAUAUUUUUAGCUGAGAGUUGAAAGUACUUUACAAGAGGUGGCGUUGCUCAUCCUACCAAUGCCUGUUGUAAACAGGCUGAGCAGGUUUUUCUCUUGCAUUAGAAACCUGCAAAGCCUGUUUAACCAAAAUCAGUGGGACAAAGCUAUGUAGGUGCCCACCACGAGAAGCAAAGCCCCUGUGAACCCACCUUCAGCUCUCCAAAAGCUCUUGUCAACCCCAGCAAGAGAGGAAUACAUCUGUUCCCCUCGUUUAGGUAUCGCAGUGGCAUCCGAGGCCACAUGAAAUCAGUCGUGUUGGAUCUCCUAAGGUGUUAUUUGCAGGUGGAGACCCAGUUCCAGCAAGGUAGGCUCAACAACAGGUUUGCCGCUCUUCGGUCAUCACGGGAGUGAAAGAGGGAGACCAAAUCUGACAAGCACCCCUUUUUAUUUUCCCUUUUCGUCUCAGCUCACUAUGACAAAUGUGUGAUCCACCUACGCGAGCAAUACAUGCCCGACAUGACCCCGGUUCUGGAAUGCAUUUUCUCCCAUGCGCAGGUGGCAAAGAAGAAUCUCCUGGUGACGAUGUUGAUUGUGAGUAGCAGGAGGAAGCUAAGAGCCAGGAGUCCUCUCAGAACAGGGAAGGGGCUUCCUGGGGAGCCACAGAUUUUUGUGUGUGUAUGUGUGCAGCAGGUCUGUGGCCCUCCGGUCCUGGUUGGACGGCAGCAUCCAUCUUCCCUGGCCAUCGGUCAUUCUGACUGGGGCUGGUGGGAGUUGUUGUUUGGCCACCUCUGGAGCAGCCCCCAGAUUCACCAUUCAUUCAAAAUUUUAUUUGUAUGAUGCUUUUCCACAAAAAUGAAUCUUGCUCAAAGUAGCUUGCAACAAAGAAAACAGGAAGGCAUUUCGAAAUCAGCCACUGCAAGAGCAAUUUCAUUUCCCAAUAGCAUAACAGCAAAUGUAACAGCAUACAAAAGCGCCAACAUUUCAAUACCAAUAUAAUAAGAUUACACUAACAACAUUGUGCCUCUUGGCAAUAGCAAAAAUAGCAAGGGAGCUGCUGGAAACCCCUCUUCCGAGAUGAUGUUCCCCUUUCUGCUUUCAGCUUCAGAAGCCGGGCUCCCUAGCCGCUGCUGGUUCCUUUCUACAUUGGUGCAGGAAGAGAUAAUACAGUCUGGCAUUUUUUACCUCCAGGAUCACCUUUGUGGCCGAGACCACACCCUGACCGAUGAGCUGAUGGCCAUUCUGAAUGAGCUGACUCAGCUUAGCAAAACAGAGCACUCCAAAGUGGCCUUGAGGGCCAGGCAGGUCAGUGGGACUCCCAUGUUCUUCCUUCAUUCCUGGAACUGCAGGCAUUUUGUGCCAAGGCUUUGUGUUGCUGCCUAAGGGGAGAAGGUUCCAAACGGCCCCCUGUCAAGCUUUGCAUGCCCUGGAGGAGGGUUUGGGUUUCUCAAGGAAUCUGAGGAGACCUUCCAGAGCACCUGGCAUGCAUGGGAAGAGUGUGGCUCUCUGGAUGUUGUUGGGCACCCAACACCCAGCAGCCAGCAUGGCCAGUUGUCUCAGGAUGAUGGAUGUUGUAGCUCAGCGACAUCUGGAGGGCUACAGAUGUUCCUUCUCCUUAGCAUUGACUCUGUGUUUGGCAGAAAGAGGAUGAUCCUGAUAUGUCCAGGUGGUAACUCUUCAGAUUCCAGCUACAAUUCAUUUUGUAAUAUGGCCAACCUGAUUCUGUUGGUUUUUUGUUCUGUUUUGUUUUGUUUUUUACAAAUUUACUCAGCAUUUUAAACUGUAAUGCUUCUGCUUAUUGCGAUGUGUUGCUGUUGUGCUUUAUUUCUGAUGUUUUGUUUUCCUGCUGUAUUCUAUAUUUUGCAUUUAUUAUUUUUAUGUUUAAGGUGUUGUCUGUGAAUGACAACAAGAUUAACAGUUUGAUUUAUACUUUGGGGUUAAAACAGAUGGUGCUCUAGUUUUUGUAUGUGUCAGCAUGGAAAGACCGUUUGAAAAUGUCUGGUCUUUGAAAUCUCAGAAGAGAUAGGGGCACUUUCAGUGUCUUUCCCCACUAACUUUUACAUCUCCAUUCUCUCCUGAUCUUUUGCUCCCACGCUUUUCAGAUCGUUUGAAAUCCUCCGUCUUGGAGGCAGAAUAAAUGGCACAAAAGUUAGCAAUUGUGCACAAAUCUUGCUUUUCACUUGUAUGUUUCAAAAGGUUUGCUGGGGCCUUGAAAGGUCCCCUGUGAUUCCUCCCUCCUUGCUUCCCUUGGGCCGGUUGAACCCAAGCCCCUUUUUGUUCUCAGGUGCUGAUCGCCUCCCACCUCCCUUCCUACGAACUGAGGCACAACCAGGUGGAAUCCAUUUUCCUCUCAGCCAUAGACAUGUACGGACACCAGUUCUGCCCUGAAAACCUAAAGGUGACCUGGAUUGCUUGUUAGGUCUGGCUCUUGCAACUGACAGCAUCUGUUCACACUAAAGAGCCAUUGUCGUGUCUUGGCAAGAGUGCUGGACUAGGACCCAGGAGAGACCAGGGUUCAAAUCCCCACUUGGCCAUGAAGCUCCCCGGGUGUCCUUGGGCAGUCACUCAUGCUCAGCCAAACCUACCUCACAGGGUCGUUUUGAGGAUAAAAUGGGGAGGAAGAGAAUUGUGUGUGCCACCUUGAGCUCCUAGGAGAGAAAAACAGGUCGGAUACGAAUACAUGACAUAAACUUGAGUCACGCUUUAGCCAAGAAGUACUCAGGGGUGGAGCUGGUCCUUUGCCCAGAGUCAGUCUAUCAAAUCCCUCAUUUUUUAAAAAGUAAAUAAACUUAGCUGAGAAAGACCCUUGCAUGCUUAUCAGAGAAGACAGCAUUUUCAAGCUAUAGUUUUUAUUCAUUCCUUGUAUGACUCUGUUCUUCCCUCUCCUUGUGAGUAUUAUGCCCUGUGGGCAGAUCCAUACUUUAGGGAUGUAGAUGGGUAUAGAGAGAAGAACUCUAAGCAGCAGCAUCAAAAUGCCACAAACCAGUAAGGAUGCUGCCUCCUGAUGCUUUUGUCGAAACCUCAGCUGUGUGCACGACACAAACACAGUGAUUGUUGGUGAUAACUCCAUCUUCUUAACUUUGCUACAGUAAUAUAAAGCUUGCAGUGGGGGAGAGGGCCUUGGUCUCAUUUGAGGCCUGAGUGAUUCUAAUCAAACUUCCUCAUGGAAGCAUGAGAGGUGGCGGACUCCCCUUCCUUGGCUGUUUUAAGAAGAGGUUGGGUGGCCCCCUGUCAUGGAAUACCUAGCUGAAAUCUUGCAGGGGGUUGGAUUGGAUACCCGUGGAAUUCCUUCCAACCCUAAAAUCCUAUUAUUCUAAAUUCUAAACCAGCGUGAUUCUAAAAAUGUAUUGUGUUCUCCAGCGGCAGGCCUGUUUGUUCAUUCGCUGCUCCUCCCUUCCUUUCUAGAAACUGAUCCUUUCUGAAACCACCAUCUUUGAUGUCCUGCCUACUUUCUUCUAUCACUCCAACCAGGUGGUCCGCAUGGCAGCCCUUGAGGUAAAAGGGAGGGUGGCAAAGGCUAGAGUAAGGUAGUGCUUGAAUGGAACACAGUGACAUUUUCCCCCCUUCCAAAAAAGGGAGGGUGCUCUUGUAGCAUUGAUGGCAGCUGCAUAGUUUGGGGCAACUGCUGGCAGGCUGGGGAUGAAUGCAUGCAGCAUUCAUGAUCUGAAGGGUGGGUUCUCAUUCAUAGAACAGUAGGGCUGGAAGAGAGGGACCCAAAGGGUCGCCUAGCCCAAACCCCUGCCAUUCACAGAUGCGUUGCAGCACUCACACGACGUCAUUGACAUCCAAUUCCAACCUGCAUUUCCCCACCCACUCCAGAUGUGCCCUUUCUGGGGGAAAUCCAAGAAGCAAAACCACCACCACCCCAACCUGUGGCCAGCACCCCCGUUUGGGGAGGAAAAGAUUAUAGCAGUAUGCUGCUCUUCACCUGUCGUUGGAAUUCCCUUCUUUCCUCCCCAGGUGUACGUGAGAAGAGCCUACAUCGCCUAUGAGCUGAACAGCCUCCAGCAUCGCCAGCUCACGGACGGCACCUGCGUGGUGGAAUUCCAGUUCAUGCUGCCAUCGUCCCAUCCAAACAGGUGGGCUUAGCCAAGAGCCAGAGACCGACCGUCUUGCACUGGCUCCCUGGGGCUUUGGGGGCUCUUCAACAUGUGUGCAUGGGAGGACCUUUGGUGCAGAAGGAAACUGGACAAGGGCAGGCUGGAAAGGAGGUGUGGGCAUGGGGGCAGAGCUACUGGAAGGUCCCAGGUUCAGUCCCUGGCCUCUCCACCUGAGACCUUGGAUAGCCGCUGCUGAUUGGAGCAGGUGGCUCAGUGGCUGGGCAUGAGGUGUAAGGAAGCUUUGUGUGUCUUCUUUCAGAGGCAGCAGCCCCGCCCUGAGCAGGUAGAGUGUCUGGUUCUUUACACUGUGCAGCAUGAGUGGCAAUGUAAAAAGAAUAACCUGGCUGCAAGUGCGUGUACGACUCCUUGCCUACCUUUCCCUGGUUCUUUCAUUCAUUCUGGGCUUGCUAACUAAUUUGCUUUUUGGCAAGCAUGUGAAAGGGGUCUUUCUUCCGGGAUCAUGGGAUUAUGAUUAUUUUUUUACGUGUUCUUGGUCCCUGCUAUGAAGCUUAGAAGUGAGUAUCAAAAUCUCCAGGUGGAAAUAAGAAGCCAGCAUUUGUGGCCUCAGGGCCACACUGGGAGCAAGGACUUUCAAGGGCUGAGAUGAGCUGUGCGCAGCCACCUCCUGUGACCUGUCCUGGGUCAGCCUUCUAUCCAUGCUGGGAGUUGUGGGAUCAUCAUCAUGAGCUGUGAAAUCUCCAAGGCGGCAGGAGUGAGGGCUGCCCUGGGGGAUCCGUGGUGCUGCUGCAGCACUCCUGUUUCCUUUACGAGAAUAGCCGUAACCCCCUUAGGCAUCCAAGAGUCCUGUCUCCCUGACUCCGGGGCUCUGCUGUGCCUGAUUCUUCCCUUCCUUUGCGUGUAGGAUGUCUGUGCCCAUAAGCAUCUCGAACCCCGACUUAGCCCGGCACAGCACUGAACUCUUCAUGGACAGUGGCUUUUCUCCUCUUUGCCAGCGGAUGGGGGCCAUGGUGGCUUUUGACAGAUUUGGAGACUUCACCAGGUAGCUGAACAGCCAUGUUUUUGGAGGAAUGUGUUGUGACCCUGGCCUUCUGAAUGUCACCAAACAGCUAGACCACAUUCACACCGUACCUAUGACGUGCUUACGAAUAGUUAUGAUGUCUCCCAAAGUAUUCUGAGAGCUGCUGUUCGUUCAGGGUGCUGAGAGCUGUUGGGAGGGCCCUGAUCCCUUCCCAGCUACAAUUCCCAGAACUCCCUUUGAAGAAGGAUUGAUUGCUAAACCGCUCUGUGAAUUGUAGGUCUCUUCCAAAUUAUCCUGUGUGUAGCAUCCUGGGGACAGCCAAAAGUCUUUAUUAACCACCAGUCAUUCCCAGGAAAGAAUGUAGUUCUAGCCAUUCUGUUCAAGAGAGCUGAAAGACGCUUUGGAGGGUUUCUGUUUAAGACCAGGUCUAUUUGUAUACCCACCAUGUUGCAUACAGUUUGUCUGAUUCCGCCCCCCAUUCCUUUUAUGCUCUGAGCUAUUUUCUCAACGACUGUCACUUGCCAGACAUUUUUAAGUCAAGCGACAGCCCUUGUAAGGACUUCCAGGUUUAGAUAGCCAAGCAGCCACUGAAAAAACAGCCAGUCAGUCCUUAUUCUUCACAUCGGCAUUUAGGCCCUCUCAUUCUUUGAUUCUUCUGCUCCCUGUUUUCUCUUUUGUGCCAGAAACUUUGAUGAGGUCAUUUCCUGUUUUGCCGACCCCAACCCUUCCGAGAGCCCCUUGUUCAGUGAGGUGAGGGCCACGCUGUACGAUGAAGAAGACAGCAAGGUGAGCGACUUGUGGGCCUCCAAGGAGCUCAAGGUGGCAUACAAGGUUUCUCCCUUCCUCAUUUAAUCCCCACAACAACCCUGUGAGGUAGGUUAGGCUGAGAGGCAGCGACUGCCAGUCAGCUUCAUGCUCAAGUGGGGAUUUGAACUCUGGUCUCCCAGGUCCUAGUCCAACACUCCACGCUGGCGCGCCAAUAAGUGGGGAAGGCAGAAUGCCCAAGACAGCCUCUGCCACCCUGUUCCUUGUCCAGCUGCAACACAACAGUCCUGCAGUGCUGCCAAUGGAUCUUACUCUCCAGUAGUUGCUGCCACCAUCCUCCUGUGAAGAAAGGGUCUGCUACAGGAGAGUAAUACCCAUGGGCAGCACUGCAGGGCUGUUGUGUUGCAGUUGGGCAACAAAUGGGGUGGGAGAGCCUCUGUGGGGCUUCACCCCUUUGCCACCCUCCCACUUACUCUUGCAGCCCAGAUGGGAGGGAACCUGGGAGGCACUAAAGCACUUACUUUUAGGAAGGCUCCAAGCCAUGGCACCAUGGCAUUUGUUCAGCCUGCACAGACAUUUCUGGGGAAAGCAGAGCUAACUUCCAGCUGCUUUAUCCUAAUCCAAGACCAAAGCAGCUUGCCUGUUUCCCUGGCAGACACCCCCCACCACUUCCUAAGCCCCAGCAACUUUGAGGCCAGUACACCCUGCGUCUCCCAGACAGUUACUAUGGUUGUCACUGUAACUGACCGUGUGGCUUUGCCGUUUCCAGAACCUCCGAGAGGAGCCCAUCCAUAUCCUGAAUGUUGCAAUUCGGUGGGCAGAACACCAUGAAGAUGAGGAGCUGGUGCCCGUCUUCAGAGCCUUCGCUCAGUCCAAGGUUUUGUGCCUUUCACUUCACUCUGGGGACUGGCAGGAAAAACAGAAUGGGUCUUGGGCUUCAUUGGAAACACAUUUGAGUCACGUGACUUCCUCCAAAGAAUCCUGGGAAAUGUAGUUUGUUAAAGCUGCUGUAAGGGGGUUCCUAGCAGCUCCCAGCCCCCUUAACAAACAGAGUGUGUGUGUCAGGUUCUUCAUUCAGGCGAAGAAGGAGAUGUGUUGUGCCCUGACAGCCAUGCAUUAGGCAGCUAGCCCCCUUGUUUUUAGCAGCUUGUUUUCCAUUUUUGGGCUGAGAACUCUUGCCAUGUUUGUGCAGGGAGGUGGGGGCGCAGCUGCACACAUCCCAUUUGUUCCCCGCAAAAAAUGCAUUUGUUGAGCUGGUUUUUGGACUCAAGGGUGCACAUUGAAUGAUGAACCCGACUACAUCACCAGCUGCAGAUCCUCAAGGCCAAUGCUGGCUCCUGCUCAAGGCAAAGCCAUGCCUACAUUGAUGCUGUCUGAGCUGAUGGUUUGUGUUGCUGUUCCCUGAAAGAUCAACUAUUUUGCCCUUGGAGGGUGUCAUGUCUGCGGGAAGUUUCUCCUUGGCUCACUCUCACCUUUGCCUCUGUUCUCUUCUUGGUCUGUUCUCCAUACAGAACAACAUCCUUGUUGAAUGUGGGCUCCGAAGAAUCACAUUUUUGAUAACACAGCAGGUCAGUGAAAGUGAUGGAAUUUCAUUUUGGGGGUUUUAGGAUUGGUGGGUUAUUUUCUUUAAAAAGAAGACAAGGCACUAAAGGAAUGUUGCUCUCGGUUGUUCUUGUAUCCCACUUUUCUUCCUGAAGGAGCCCAGUUCUCUGUAGUGGGGGGAGGGGGCUUCUCCUUCUCCUUGUUUAUGACUUUUGCUUUCCGUUGCAGAGGGAAUUUCCCAAGUUCUUCACAUUCCGGGCACGAGAUAAGGUGAGUUGGCCCAGGUGGUUUUGUACGUGGAAGUUAGCUUAGCUUGCGCACUGCCAAGACCAACAGGUGCUUGUCCCACUUUCCUGGCAGUUUGCCGAAGACCGCAUCUACCGCCACUUGGAGCCGGCGUUGGCCUUCCAGCUGGAGCUGAACCGCAUGCGCAACUUUGACCUGACAGCAGUGCCUUGCGCCAACCACAAGAUGCACCUUUACCUGGGUGCUGCCAAGGUGGAGGAAGGCGCUGAAGUCACAGACUACAGGUUUUUUGUCCGUGCCAUUGUCAGACACUCGGACCUGAUCACCAAGGUAAGCCUCAUGGCUGAGCCAAGGGAAGCUGUCGGGGGGGGGGCGCAAGAAGUGGAAGGGGGGCCAGGAACGAAGCGUCUGCUGAGGUCAGCUCAGCCCGAAAGCAGGCAUUUUAACCAGGCUCCCACCCGGCUCCUUAUAGCACUGUGAAGCCUCUUCUUUUCUGCUUUGAGGGUCUUUCCUUUCUCUCUCUGAUGUGGCGCUUCCUCUGCCCUCUCUCUGGGACAGGAAGCCUCGUUUGAAUACUUGCAGAACGAGGGUGAGCGGCUGCUCCUGGAGGCCAUGGAUGAGCUGGAAGUGGCCUUCAGCAACACGAGUGUCCGCACCGACUGCAACCACAUCUUCCUCAACUUCGUCCCCACCGUCGUUAUGGACCCCUCCAAGGUCUGAGCCUUGCUUGCUUCCCUUUCUGGUAAACACCUAAGAAGGGCUCUUGCAGAUGGGACAGACCAAAGGGGGCUCAUCUCAUCCAGAGCCCUGCUGCUCACAGUAGCCAACCAGAUGCCUCUUCUGGGAAGCCCACCAGCAGCAGCAGCAGCAGCAGCAGCAGUCUUCCGACACACCUUUGUGUUUGUGUGUUAUUAGUUAAAGUACCAUGGUACCUCGGUUCUUGAAGAAAAUACAUUCUGGAAGCUCAUUCAGCUUCCAAAACGUUUGAAAACCGAGGCGUGACUUCCCAUUGGUUGCAAGAGCUUCUUGCACUUAGCGGAAGCCGCGUCGUACGCUUGGGUUCUGAAAAAUGUUCGAAAACGGAAGCAUUCACUUCUGGGUCUUCAGUGUUCAAGAAUUGAAUGUACGACAAUGGAGGCAUUUGGGAACCGAAGUUCCACUGUAUUUUCUAAUCUGCAAUGCUUCUGAAUGACCGUUGCUGGAAACUGCAGGAGGGGAGAGUGCUGCUCUUGUGCUUGGAUCCUGCUUGCUACUUUCCCACUGGAGCAUCUGGCUGGCCCCUGUGAGAGUAGGAUGCUCGACCAGAUGGGCCAUGGGCCUGAUCCAGCAGGCUCUCCCUGCAUUCUUAACAUUCUUAAAAGAAUAUUAUCAGUCUGAUUAUGUUGGUGGCACCCCCAGAUUGAGGAAUCGGUGCGCUCCAUGGUGAUGCGCUACGGGAGCCGUCUGUGGAAACUCCGGGUCCUGCAAGCCGAAGUGAAGAUCAACAUCCGCCUGACGCCAACUGCCCAGGCCAUCCCCAUCCGCCUCUUUCUCACAGACGAGUCGGGCUACUACCUGGAUAUCAGCCUCUACAAGGAGGUCAAUGACCCCAGCACGGGAAAUGUAGGUUUCAUGCAUGUGCUGGAGAUGAUGGAAUGUUUGUGUAUGCUACUCCUUUGUUCUUGCAUUUUUGUUCUCUGCACCAAUCAUGACCACAUAGUAUAAAGUGGGAUAUCUCCCUCCGUUGCUCUGUUAGCUGAGUGGCAGAGCAGCUGCUUUGCAUGCCAAGGGCUCCUGGUUCAACCCCCCAGUGUCUCUGGGCACCUGGAGAACUGCUGCUCUUCAGAGGAGGCCAGGGAUGGAGGACAUUGGUGGCUCUCCAGAGGUUGUUGGACUCAACUCCCAUCUGCCUUGGACAACCAAUAGUCAGGGAGAGCAGGAGUCAUUGCCCAGCACCACCUGAAUGGCCACAGGGGCUCCUACUGGGCCUUAUAGACACUGGCUGCCUUCGGUGAUGUCUCCUGCAGCCCCCAAAGAAUUUGUGCUUGCAAAUGUUGGAACGGAAUGUGAGAGGACAGAGGAGCCGCUGCUCUCUUGCUAUCCUUGCCGGCCCCGUCUUCUGUCUCCUCCUACUCUAAGUGCCUCUCGGCAUUUCACAGCCUUUUCUUUGCCUGAAGGAAAUGUUGCCUCAUUAAGAAAAGUAACUUUGGGGAGGGAAGUGAAUAGGUACAUGGUCAGUGCUCCCUUUUCUAUCCCCCAGCUGUUUCCUGUUUGAGUUGUAGGUUAGUUAAAAAAUGGGAAUUUCAGAAAUCAGAACUGAAGGGCCACCUCCACAGCAGACCUUUAAAGUGCCAUGAUAUCCCUUUAAACAGACAUGGCUUCCCCCAAAGAAUUCUGGGAACUGUGGCUUGUUAAGGGUGCUGAGAGUUGUUAGGAGACUCCUGUUCCCCUCAAAGAGCUACCGUUUGCAGAGUGGUUUAACAAUCAAUCCCUCUUCCCAGAGCACCCUGGGAAAUUGUGGCUCCGUGGAGAGAAUGGACGAUCUCCGGACAGCCAGGGGUGUUUCAAGUGGCAUCAUAGCACUUUAAAUGUAUGGAGCGAAUGUGGCCAAGUUCUGCCCCUCACAAACUCUGUUGCCAGGUUUGAAACAGCUUUGAUUUCACAAGUGUAGAAGUCUGCGGGGAAGAGUGAGGAGGAGGCGGCCUGACGCUGUGCUUUGCCUCCUGGACUAGAUCAUGUUCCACUCCUAUGGAGACAAGCAAGGGCCUCUGCACGGAAUGCUCAUCAACACUCCGUACGUCACCAAAGACCUGCUUCAAUCCAAGCGCUUUCAGGCCCAGUCGCUCGGCACCACCUAUGUCUACGACUUCCUUGAGAUGUUCCGGCAGGUGAGCUGCGGACGAGGCCCCCACAUCUCCUCCUGUUGGAUCAGGGAAAUGCUUUGUAAGUGGGAAGAGCAGGCUCCAGUUCAGCCCAGAGGCUUCACAAAGCAGAAGAGGGAUUGUGCACACUGCUGCACACACAGCCCCCAUCCCACAGUUAGCUCUGGUCAGAAAGGUGUUUGAGGUUUACAUUACUUAUUUUUUAAAACCCUCUAGUCCCUGUUUCUCCAGAACUGAUCGUGAGACACAACUGUGGGAGUACAUGGCGGGGGGGGGGGGGGAGGGAGGUAGCGCUGCUUUGGUCUGACUGCAGCCCUUAGAGCAGCAGUGGAGAGUCCGUCGCCUCCAGGCUUCCAGACGGCUUCUCCCUUCUUCCUUGGUCCUUCUGGCUGGGAAGGCGAGUCAAAGCUGGAAAGCCACUGGAUUCUCACCCCACUGCAGAAGCUGGGCCAGGAAUCCUUGACACACUGGAUCUUCUGGAGUAAGAAAGAGUGGCACUCUGUUGUUUUGCUCAUGGCUCUCAUGUUGGUUCCUCUUUAGGCUCUGUUCAAAUUGUGGGGUUCCACGGAAGCAGACCCUGCAGAUGUCCUGACCUACACAGAAUUAGUGUUGGAUUCUCAGGGGCAGCUGGUACAGAUGAACAGGCUGCCUGGAGGAAAUGAGGUAGGGCCAUGGAAAGGCAAAUCCCCCCCUAGGAAAGGAACUGAAAACUGCCAACAUCAUAAUGCCAUUGGAUUGAUUGAUUACUUUUAUAUUCCACCUUUUCCUCCAAGGAGCUCAAGGUGACAAACCUGGUUCUUUCCCUCAUUUUAUCCCCACAACAGUCCUAUGAGGUAGGUUGGGUUGAGAGGCAGAGACUGGCCCAAGGUCACCCUGAGUGGGGAUUUGAACCCUAGUCUCACCCUGUUACCACUACAACAAUAGGUGGUGCAAGAGCAUUUGGAAUGUUGUGUGCAGUUCUGAUCACUUCCCCUCAAAGAGAACAUUGUAGAGUUAGAAAAGGUUCAGAAAAGGACAACCAAUGUGAUCAAGGAGUUGGAGCAAUUCCCGUGUGAGGAAAGGUAUAGAGAAAAUGCGAGUGAGAGGCAGCAUGAGAGAAGCUAUGGAACAAACUCCCACCAGAGGCAGUGAUGGCACUGGGUAAAUUCCUGGGGGAGGGGGCUACCAAGGCCUACUAGCCACAAGGGCUAUUAUCUGCCUCCAGGGUCGGAGGCAGCUGUGCUUCUGAAUCCCAGUUGCUGGAAGCCACAGGAGGGAAGAGAGCUCUGGCGCUCGGGUCCUGCUGGCAGGGUUUCCCUUUGGGCUGUCUGGUUGGCCCCUGUGAGAACAGGAGGCUGGACUAGAUGGGCCGCUUUGGCCUUAUCCAGCUUAAUAUGUUCUUAUGGCAAAGGCACAGGCGGAGAAGCUGGCUCUUGGCCCCCUAGUUCCAGUAUUUUCGCUGCUGAGGUGGGGCUGUUGCUAAACCCUCAAGGGCUAUAUAUAGGAGGCCCACUGAGGAGAGAUGGGGAAGCUGGAUAAUGCUCUCAGACAAAUGACCUCAUUGGCUUUUGCUGUUCACUAAACCAUAACCAUAACACUUGCUAUUCUUUGAAAGCAAUCAGUGUCAGCUUUGUGGACAAAAGCUCCAGAACAUACAGAUGGUAACUUCUUCACCUCUCCUUCUUCCUCAAUAUCCUUCCAGAUUGGGAUGGUGGCCUUCAAGAUGAAGAUGAAGACCCCUGAGUACCCCCAAGGCCGUGACAUUGUGGUCAUUAGCAAUGACAUCACCUACAAGAUCGGGUCGUUUGGGCCGGAGGAAGACCUCCUCUUCCUGCGCGCUUCAGAGCUGGCGCGCAGCGAAGGCAUCCCCAGGAUCUACAUUGCAGCCAACAGUGGGGCCCGCAUUGGGUUUGCUGAUGAGAUCAAGCACAAGUUCCAGGUGGGCUGGGUGGACCCUGCAGAGCCAUACAAGGUAUGUGGCUUCCUGGCAGAUCCCCCCUCCCCCCAAAAAGAGAGUUUCACUAGGGUAGAAUCCUGAGACAUUUUGUUGGGGGGGGGGGUUGUGGAUAGGUACAGUUCUCAAUGAGAUCCACUUGUCUCCUGGAGCUUCCCUGAAUGUGUGCAGAGCCCUGUGUGAGGGUCUCCUCCUCAAGCGACAGCAGCCUCUCCUCUGGGCUGCAAUCCCAUCUCCACCUUGCAGAAAGCAGCCAUUGGAAGUGGAAGCUAGGACUCACAGGAAGCCAGUCCUUUUUAAUGCAGCACAUAGUUAAAGGAUGGAAUUCUUUUGCAUAGGAGGUAAUGAGGGCCACCCACCUGGAUGACUUUAAAGGAGGUUGGACAAAUGCAUGGAGGAGGAGGAGGAAGAGGAGGAGGAGGAAGAGGAGGGCAUUGAUCGCUUUGAGCCUCAAUAUGUUCUGCCUCAGGCACUGCAACAGCCUCCCCAGGAUCAUGCCCUUAAUCCAUGAGACUUCCAGAGGGGCAACCAUGUUAGUCUCUUGCAAGAAAGGCACCUUAAAGCCUAACAGAUUUAUCAUGGCAUCCACUUCAUUGGAUGUUCAGCUGACACUGUGGGUUCAAGUCUGCAAAAAAGAAAAGAAAAGCUUAUGCCAUAAUAAAUUUCCUUCCUAAUGCAUAAUUUAAAAUCUCAUGAUUUCAAAUAAAAACCCUGCCAGUUUCAAGUCUAAGGUUGUGCUGAAGUGGAGUGGGGUGCAAGAACUUCUUGGCACUUCAGUCCAUUUCAAAAGCUCCCCUCCCCCCUUGCAAGUUUUCAGGGAGGUCUUCCAAAGCAUUACGGGGCAAAUAGUUAUCUGCUCUCAACUGGUGCUUUGCUUUCUGUAAGGGCAUCUAGCACAGUGGCCUCAUUUUUCACCUGGUUUGUGCUCCGGCUCAUCUGUCGCACUGAUUUCAAAGUGGUGCCCCCAGUUUCCCCAACUGAUGUUGCUCCACCAUCUUUUUCCAAAGGGCUUCAAGUAUCUGUACCUGACCCCGCAGGAGUACACCAGGAUCAGCUCCACAAACUCUGUUCACUGUGAGCACGUGGAGGAAGCCGGCGAAUCGAGGUGAGUCAAUGGUGUCCCCCUGUCUUGGCUUGCCUGCAGAAGGUCCCGUGUUCAACCCCCAAGGGUAUUUCCAGGUGAGACAGAGGGAAACAACAACCGUGUCUACAAUCCCAGAGAGCCUCUACUAGUCAUGGAAAGGCAGCCAAGUGCCAGGCUAGAUGGACCAGUGCUUUGCCUCACUGUCAGGCAGCUUCCCUCGUUCCUGGGAGGAGGAACUCUUGGUGUUCUGCCCUGCCUGGCUCCAUCUUUCAGCCACCUUGGCCUCCUGCAGGUACAUCAUCACCGAUAUCAUUGGCAAAGAAGAAGGCUUUGGCGUGGAGAACUUAAGAGCGUCGGGCACCAUCGCUGGGGAGUCUUCUCUUGCCUAUGAUGAAAUUGUCACCAUCAGCAUGGUAUGUAUGUAUGUGCGUAUGUAUGUAUGUAUGUAUAUCCUGCUUUCCCCCAGACUGGGACUCAAAGCAGCCCUGGGCUCUUUCUGUCUCCUGCAGGUGACCUGCCGUGCCAUCGGAAUCGGGGCUUACCUGGUGAGGCUGGGCCAGCGGGUGAUCCAGGUGGACAAUUCCCACAUCAUUCUGACCGGAGCUGGAGCUCUGAAUAAGGUAGUGAGCAGGCGGCGUUCCCUAAGCUUCCUCCAUGUUCCAUUGCGCAGAUCCUUCUUGGCACUCCAUUUCCUUUUGCUUGCUCUCAUGCAGCACUAAAGAGCUCCCUGGAGCUCUCUUCAUCUUCUCAGCUGGAUGGCUCUCAUUUUGCCAUGUCUGCCUCUCGGCCAAGGAGCCACCCGCUCCCAGACCAUCUCAGCUGCAUGCAGCUGCGGUGUGGGAAACGACGGAACAAUUUCUCUCUCUGCCCAUGAAAUAUUUUGGGGAUGUAAAAAGAAAGUCACUGCAUCUCCCUAAGUGAUUUGCAUCACAGUCCUACACGUGUUGCAGCAUUUGGGACCUUUUAGUUUAGAGAGAUGGCGAGUGAGAGGCGACACAAUGGAAGUUUACAGAAAUAUGCCUGGCCUGGGGAAAGUGAAGAGAGAAAAGUCAUUCUCUCCCUCUCAUGACACACGGGGCUUCUCCACACUCCCUGUUGUCCUGCUGCUUCCCCUGGAGGAAGCCAGUUGCUGGCCAGUGGGGCAGGCGGGGAGGGACAGCUCAGGUCCUGCUUGCUGGCUUCCCACAGGUAUCUGGUUGGCCCCCGUGAGCAGGAGGCUGGGGCCAAUGGGUCGCCAUUGGCCUGAUCCGGUAGGGUUCUUCUUAUGUUCUUCUUGGAUUGGGGUUGUGUUUUUGGACCAGGUCUUGGGCCGUGAAGUGUACACUUCAAACAACCAGCUUGGAGGGGUGCAGAUCAUGCACAAUAAUGGCGUUUCCCACGUAACAGUUCCAGACGAUUUUGAAGGCGUCUACACUAUUCUGCAGUGGCUUACAUUUAUGCCAAAGGUAGGUUGAGGGCAACAGAGCUUUGACAAUCCUCACAAUUCCUCUCUAGUCAUCCCGCCUCAUAAUUAUCAUUUAUCCUAAUAGGGGUGAUAAACACCAGGGGUGCAAUGUUUGUUUCAUUUAUUUAUUUAUUUAUUUAUUUAUUUAUUUAUUAUUGUCAUGUUCUUGUUUUUUUCCUUGUGAAAACAAAACCUAUCCAUAAAUAAAUUCUUACAAUAAAGUAUCUUAAUUGACUGAAAAAGUUUCCCCCUAUCUUAACUGGGCAGCAGACGUAAAAUUAAAAAAUAAUGAUUUAAAUUUUUUUUUUUAAGGGAAUUACCAAUAAAUAAAUAAAAAUCCAGUACAGUCAUACCUCAGAAAUCAAACACCUUGUGAGUCAAACAUUUUGGCUCCUGAAUGCCACAAACCCGGAAAUGAGGAUUCUGGUUUGCGAACAUUCUUUGGAACCCGAAUGUCUGAGGUGGGUUCCGCGGAUUCCGGUUGGCUGCAGGUUUGAUUUCCAAACGUUUUGGAAGUCGAAUGGACUUCCAGAAUGGAUUCCGUUCGACUUCGGAGGUAUGACUGUAGUUGAUGGCCACCAUCUUAGAAUUCUCUGUCCUGCUUCUCACAUAAAUAGGAGGGCAGAUUUAUGUAGGUUUAAUUGACGGGUUGAGGAUGCGACCCUAUGAUUCCAGGAAGGGCAUUCACUGGGGCAAUGGGAUAUUGCUGACCACCCUCUCCGUGGGCAUGGAUGGCAGGCCCCCUUUGCCAUCCCCUUUGAGGGAGAAAGAGGGUCCCUUCUGACAAUUUUAUGAGGCUUUGAUUCUAUAAGAUGCUGUUCACAUUCUCAGAGCUAAGCAGCCCUAAUUUCUUCCUUUCUUGAUCAUCUUCUCAGGGCUCUCGUUUUGUUUAAAGCUCGUUUAAGAGAAGUUUCUUCUUGUAGGACAAUCGUAGCCCUUUGCCUAUCACCACCACAAGUGACCCCAUUGACAGAGAAAUUGACUUUGUCCCUUCCAAAGCCCCUUAUGAUCCCCGGUGGAUGCUGGCAGGGAGACCUCAUCCCAGUAAGUACAGGCACUAACCCAGCUGCAAGAAUUCUGCAAUGCUUUUGGAGGUAUGGAACUGAAAGGGGAGGGGUUGCAAUGUAAUAGCAGGGGAAUUGUUUCUGACCUGGAAUUUUCUUCAUUGACAUUUCCUCCUGGUCAGUGUCAUCAAGGCAAAUCUACAAUUUGUUUGCCAGACUUCCAGGGCUGACCUGAAGUCUCUAGGUUUGUGUGGCCCUCUCCAAGUGACAGAGGGAGGUUGCCAUUGUUGUUGUUGUCAUUACUAAUAAUAAUAGGCUAUGCUUGAAGCUUACGAGCUUCAGCCUGGCAGGAGCUGGUUGCAGGUUAUUGCAUAGACUCUCUGGAAGAUCUGUCCCCUUCCCCUCUCCCAACUAACCUCCAUCUCCAAGGCUCAAGGCUCAUCAAUGGUUCUGCUUGUCCCCUGCCUAAAAAAAAACGGGUCUGAGCGGUUUUCCAUUUGACCUGCUGCUUACCCCAGGCAAACCUUCCCUUCGCGACUGAGUCAGAGCAAAUGUCAGUCCAUGGAAAACCCCACUGAUAUUUGCUCUGUUUCAGCUGUAAAGACUGAAGUUCUUCCCAGGGGGAAAUGGCAGGACAAGCAAAAAGCUGCAUGAACACUCUGUGUGGGGAGGAAUUUCCAUCCAGUGACGUAUUUGUUCAUUUGUAGACUUCAUGUUUUUUAUUUGGACGACAUGCUCUUGGCGACUAUGGUUAAUGCUUAAUGUGUCAUGCCUAAGGGCACCCCUGGGCUCCAGCCCCCAAUGAUAUCACCAGAGGCUGCCCCAAGGUCUCAGGAUUGGGCCCUGGGCUCUCAGGAUCUGACAGCCCAAAAUACAGUAUAAAACCAAAAGCAUUGUGAAUUGCAUAAUUAUAAGAUGUGGAUCAAAUAUGUGGAGUAAAAAUGCAAGGGAAAGCAAAAGAUCAUAAACUCCACUGUGAAAGUUUUUUAAAAAGGAAAAAAAAAGCUGAAAAUGGAGGUGACCUGCAUAAGCAAUCUGCCAGAGACCUGUUGCCUGCCUUCUCCUCGCAGGUUACACUGGUCCCAAGUUGUUAAGGGCUCUAUGUACUAAUAGUAGUAAUAGUAACACAUGGCAGCAAAUCAAUGGCUGGUGCAGAUCUGGGAGCAUAAGGUGUUGUAAGUGGCUGAGCCUGUCAGCUAUCAGGCUGCAGCAUUCUGCUGCACUAACUGCAGCUCACUGUGGCAGUCGAGGCUCUUUGAGCCUGGGACUGCAUUUACCAGGGGUCUUCUCCCUCGUUCCCUGCUGCUACGACAUUUCCCCAGCUUUGCAUAUAUGAAGAGGUUGUGGUUUUGGAAGGUCACAGUCAGACUUUUCUCAGCAUCCCCCGUUCCUUUAUUGUGCAGCUGUGAAGGGAUCCUGGCAAAGCGGCUUCUUUGACCACGGCUCUUUCAUGGAGAUAAUGCAGCCCUGGGCCCAGACGGUGGUGGUUGGCAGAGCCAGGUAUUGGCCGAAUCUUCCCUCUUACUAGAGGCAGUUGGGGAGAGGAGGGGGCUGGCACAUUCUUAAAGGUGCCCCCCAAUGGCUGCCUGAUCAGUUACUGGGGUGGGCUACACUCCUGCCCUUCUCACGGCACCCAGGCCAUUUAAUGCCUGGUGCAGAAUUCGUCAGAAUGAAAAUCUCUGCUUUCUGCCUUUUGCAUAAAUAGGAUUCCUAGUCCUUAUGAUCAUUGAAAUGCUCUUGGAGUCUUUAAAUAGUUUUUCAUUUGUUUUGCAUGGAGUCCACAUGAAGCUCUUUUCCCUCCUUCGGAUUCUUUGCAGGCUGGGAGGGAUCCCGGUGGGUGUGAUCGCAGUGGAGACCCGAACAGUGGAGUUGGCGGUGCCAGCUGAUCCAGCAAACCCAGAAUCAGAAGCGAAGGUUGGGAGCACUAGAGUCAUUUGCAUUCCUGUACCAUUGCUGAUUUUAACUUUUCCAUGAACCUGUAUUGUUCUUCUCAAGCUGCCUUGUUGUUUUGGUGACCUCUACAUUCCUUGUGUAAAACGUCCGCAGACCACAUGGCUCCUCUUCUGCUGUGACACAUCCCUUGAAACAUGGGCACUGUGUCGGGGGGGGGGCGGAGCUUUGGCCUGAAUGUUCGUUUGAAAAUGGCAAAACAACAACAACAAACUUUUGGUAACCUCCCAAUAGCCCCUGGCCCCUCAACCUCCUGGCUGCUGUCACCAGGAUCUGAAAUUUUUACCUGCUUUCCUUUUUACUAAGUUUUUGGUUUUGAAGGGCCCCCCCCCUACACACAACCUCUUCUGUUCCCUCCUUCCUAGAUAAUCCAACAAGCUGGACAGGUUUGGUUUCCGGAUUCAGCCUUUAAAACAGCCCAGGCUAUCAGAGACUUUGACCGUGAACGCCUUCCACUUUUGAUUUUUGCCAACUGGAGAGGAUUCUCUGGUGGGAUGAAAGGUAACUUACGCACCUCUCCUUGUAUGAGCUGACCAUGGUCACCUGAGGCCCUUCUUCAUGUGCCACCUCCAUAGGAGGACAGGAAGGCAGCAACCUGAGAACGGGGCCUUUUCAGUGGUGUCCCCCCGCUUGUGAAAUGCUCUUCCCAGGGAGGCUUCCUUGGCACCUUCAUUAUAUACCUUUAGGCACCAGGCAGAAACAUUUCUUUUCUGCCAAGCCUUUGGCUGUUAAUCACCCAUGGCCUCGUUUAGUGGGUGGGAUCUUUUAAUCCUGCCUUUUAAAAUAGCCACGUGUUUUAGAUUUCUCUGCCUUGUUUUAUGCUGGUUUUAAUGUAAAUGUUCUUUAAUUAUUGUUGUCAAUCGUUUCAAGUUACUUUGCUUAAAAGAGUGGCAAAUAAGUUUAAUUUUAAAAAAUCACCCAGUGAUGUUACUUGCUCACUCGGCCCUGGAGCUGGCCUUGACUCCUGCCCUCCUUGCAGACAUGUAUGAUCAGGUGCUGAAGUUCGGGGCGUAUAUUGUGGACAGCCUUCGGCAAUUCAAGCAGCCGGCCCUCGUCUACAUCCCCCCCCAUGCCGAGCUCCGCGGGGGCUCCUGGGUGGUGAUUGAUCCAACUAUCAAUCCUCUUCACAUGGAGCUGUAUGCAGACAAAGAGAGCAGGUGGGUGCUGAGGGAGGCGCUCUUCCGUUAGACAGUCUUGUCGUCAGAACAUCAGAAGAGCCCUGCUGCUGGAUCAGGCCAAGGGCCCAUCCAGGCCAGCAUCCUGUUCUCACAGGGGCCAACCAGAGGCCCCGAGUGAAAGAGCCCUCUCCCCCAGGACAGCUUCAAGAAACUGGCAUUCAGAAGCUUCUUCCAGCCAUGGAGGCAUAUAAUAGCCAUCGUGGCAAGUAGCCACUGACAGCCCUCUCCUCUGUGAAUUUGUCCAGCCCUCUUUUAAAGCCAUCCAAGUUGGUGGCCAUCACUGCCUCCUGUGGCAGGGAGUUCCAUAGUCUAAUUAUGUGCUGUGUGAUGCAGCCAUGCUUCUGAAUGCCAAUUGCUGGAAACUGCAAGAGGGGAGGGUUGCUCUUGUGCUCCGAUCCUGCUUGCGGGUUUCCCGUAUUGGGCAUCUGGUUGGCCCCUGUGAGAACAGCAUGCUGGAUUGGACGAGCUGUCUUUGGCCUGAACCAGCAGACUCUUCUUGGGUUCUUAUGUUCUUAACAUCUGGAGCCCCCCCCCCAAAGGGCCCAGUCUCUGAUCCAAAGUGAUCCUGUCCAUGGAGCCUGGCUGAACAUCUCCACCAGCGUGUACUUAAAAGCCGCAAGGCUGUCUGGCUGGAAAGAGUGCAAGAGCCCUAAUUUGGGCAGCUCCUAUAAGCCUCUGGUCUCUGUUUCUGCAAGAUGGCUUUGCUUUCCAGGGGGGGCAUCUUAGAAGCUGAAGGCACCGUGGAAAUCAAAUUCCGGAGGAAGGAGCUGCUGAAGACCAUGAGGAGGAUUGAUGCCACGUAUGCCAGGAUUGCUGAGCAGCUGGGUAAGAAAAGAGAGAAGGGCUGUGGGGCUGUUUCCUGCCUCCCUACCCCCCCCACCUUCCCCUUAAAGCUUGGCCUUGGAAUAAGGUUUCUACCCAUUUUCAAAGGCCGUAUUUGAUCCAGGGUGGGGAGGUGGGGGAGAGCAAAUAUUCUUGAUGUGCUCUUUUUGGCAUGUUUUGCUAGAGCAGACUGCGCCACCAUGGCGCCCUCCAUCGGCCCCAUCCAGCACAGCUGCAGGAUGACAGAACCAUGGCCCUGCUGGCUGGGCUUGAAGGAAGAUGCCGUCCCAAACAUCUGGAGGGCACCAGGUUGGCAAAGGCUCCUCUGGUGAACCUGGAAGUCAGAAGAGAGGAAGCUGCUUUCUGCAGAGUCCGACUAGCGGUCUCUCGAGCUCGGCAUUAUCCACACCAGUUCUUUGGGGUUUCAGGCAGGGAGUCCUUUCCAAGACUCCCCCGGACACCCCAGGGGAGAUAGCGCCUGGGACCUUCUGCUUGCAAGGCAGAUGCCCUGACCACUGAACUCUAUAGUCCUUCCCUGCACAGACUUCUUCCUCCCUGGCAUUUUCCUCCCUGCUACGGAUCAGCCGCUUUUUCUGGUGUCUACAGAUUUUGUCUUCUCCUACAAAGACUUCUUGUAUUCUUUGAUUAACAGGUUCCCUGAGGCUCUCUGCAGAGAAGCACAAGGAGCUGGAGAAGCAGCUGAAGGCCCGUGAGGAUUACCUCCUCCCCAUCUUCCACCAGGUGGCAGUGCAGUUUGCUGACCUCCACGACACGCCAGGGAGGAUGCAGGAGAAAGGAGUCGUUACAGUUAAGCCAUGGGUUUUUUUCUUCUCGCUCCCAAAUUCUCUGUUCUUCCAGCCUCUGGAGUCUGAUCAUCCCUCAUGCCUGAGAAGGUGUAGGAACUGUUUUUCAUUUCAUUCAAGUUGGAAAAACAAGGACUGGAAUCCUUGUUCCACUAAUGCUUGCUGCAUCUCCUUUGUGCUCCAUCUCACGCUAACCUCUCUCACAGGGUUGUCAUGAAGAUAAAAUGCAGGGAAGGGUCUUUGUCUGCUGGGCAGAGUGUCUUGGAGAAAGCGUGGAAUGAAAAUAUAACCAUACGCUUGUGGGCUCAUGAACCUGCUCAGCUUCUGAGUCAUACUUGCCCAACCUGCUGCCCCCCAGAUGUGUUUGCCUCCCACUCUCAUUGUUGGCCCCAGACUUGCUAAGACCUCCUGUCUUGUCACAGCAGAGUUGAUGGAGAGCAUCAUUCAGGCUGCCUAAGGGGGGUUAAGUAUGUCUACAACACUGGAUAAUGUGAAUAUCCUGAUAAGCUUCCUCCGGCCAGUGCAAUAAUUUAUUAAUAUUCCCAUAAAAAAAUUAACUAGCAAUGACCUUAUUUGCUCCCUUUUAGGACAUUCUCCAGUGGAAAAAUGCCCGGGCGUUCUUCUACUGGCGUUUGCGGCGCCUCCUGCUGGAGGAAGUCGUGAAGGCAGAGAUCCUAGAGGCUCACAGCGAGUUAAGCAACAGCCACAUCCAGUCCAUGCUGCGACGAUGGUUCCUGGAAACGGAGGGUGCCGUGAAGGUGCUUGGCUUGGCUCUGUUGCAAGGAUGGGGUAGCCUCUGUUCCCUCCACAGAGGUUGGACUCCAGCCCAAGCCAGCGUACUCUGGGGGUGCAGGGUGUUCUCCCUCUUUCCACCUCAGCUGCUGGCCGCACAGCGCCUCCAAGGGUUUGGAGAUACACCGUUUGUAUGUGUCCAUGGAGCCCUUGCAGCCAAACCCCUGUGUGCAAUCUACCUGUAGAUAUAAGACGCCUUAAUAAUACAAAGCAUGGGUAAAAUUGUGGCGUUUUCAGAGUGGAAGGCAAGUUUACAGAGAGAAGGGGGCUUAAAGCCUGUGCAUUUCAUCCUAUUCUCACCUCUGGUUAAAUGGGUUUGGCAAGCUUUUGUGUGAUUUUCAAAAACCUUCAAGGCCUGCUUGGUUGGAAGUGAGGGUGAGGGGUGCAUACUGCGUGAAGGACCCAUACCCCACUCUGACCUCUCUUCAAAGUCAGUCUGAGUUUCCAUUCCUCCUCCUCUAGGGCUACCUCUGGGACAACAACCAAGUGGUGGUGGAAUGGCUUGAGAAGCACCUGCAAGAGGAAGACGGGGCCAAGUCUGCCAUCCAGGAGAACAUCAAGUACCUGAAGAGGGAUUAUGCCCUCAAGCACAUCCGAAAGUGAGUGUAAAGCGAGACAGCAGGGGGGCUGCUUGAGGAAGCUCAGCUUGUUUGCUGCAGGGGCUGCAUCUCGGCUAUUUCUGGGUUGGAAAGAGUUGCAUAGCAGGGAUCUGGAGGGAUGACCGUCCAGUGCUUGGUGCCUGAUUCACACUGCAAUCGCCAUUGCAAGUUGAAAGUGCAGCAUGGGGCUUCUGAAUGCCAGUGGCUAGAAGCCACGAGGGGGGGGGGAGUACUCUUGUGCUUGGGUCCCGCUUGUGGGUUUCCCUUAAUGGGCAUCUGGCCAGCCGCUGUGAGAGCAGGAUGCUGGGCUGGGUGGCCUCCCAUGGGCCUGAUUCAGCAGCCUGCAUUCUUAAAUGACCCCCUUCCUUCUCCCUCAUAACACGCCCCUUUGCAGCUUAGUUCAAGCAAACCCUGAAGUUGCCAUGGACUGCAUCAUUCACAUGACCCAACACAUCACUCGUGCUCAGAGGGCCCAGAUCUCUCACCUCCUGGCAACAAUGGACAACCCUUCCUCCUCGUGACUAGGGCAUUGCUGCAGCAGGAACAGGCACACGCCCACCAUCGGCCUCCUUCAGACCUGACAGCCUCGUGGCCAAGCGGCGCAGCACAGAAUGCAUCUUCAGCGCAGGGCUCAACCAGCAGUUCCUAGAGCACAGCCACGUGGCAGGCGCAGUGGAACGGGCCUUUGGAGGACAGCUGUCUCUCGUGCACCUGAGGACAAAAUUAUCCCCAGCUGUUUGGCUGGCUAUCAACCGAAGGUCAUCUGCAAGUGUAUGUUACCCAGCUACUGGUGUCCAAGACAAGUCUCGCCAGGUGUUUUCACAUCAAAAUGUAUUGUCUUUAUAAAAUAACAGUACCAGUUUUCAGUGACUUUAAAAAAAAAAAAUCUCUGUGAUAGAAUUGUGCAUUGGGGAACAAUGCCAGUAACCACUUCCAAACCAGUCUCCAAGGCCUUGGCAAAAUGUUGUGUCACACAGACUGCACUGCAGCCACGCUGCACCACAGAACACAUUGCAGAAAUUCCUACAAAAAAUGUUGCUGCUUCUUGGUUGUAGAUGACAUUUUUAGCCCCAUUUGCCUGCUGUAGGAAGUUUUGUCAAUUUUCCUAAUGAAAGGGAUUAUUCCAUCUCCCUCCAUCAUCCUUCCCAACUGCAUCCCUCGAGCGCAAGGCAAUUCUGCCAAGGUCUGCCCACCUCAAAAGCAAAGCAGCAUCUCCACCUUUGGUUGGAAACAUUUGCGCAUUUCCUGGCGGUGCCUAAGGCUGUGCCCCCAUCGCCAACCUAGUGGUUCCAUCAAAGGUUGGCCUAAUGGGAUUAAGCGGACGCCAUGGCCGUUGGAGGCACUGGGUAGGUUGUUGGAAUAGGCUGCAACCUGGGAAUUCACAGUGCAUUUCAAAGGUGUAAGCACCUGGCAGGUGGAAUGUAUUGUAAUCUGCAUAAUGUUGAGCAUUGUAAGCCCCCCCCCCAAGAAAACUUAUAUAAGUGUGUAAAGGGCAAAGGUGGCAACCGAAGGGAAGUUUAUGUUGCUAAUCCUAUCCACUGUUGAGUGUUGCAUAUCCUGACAGUCGCACUAACGUUCCAGUGUCCAAACCAGGCUGCCAUGGACUAUUCAAGCCCAGGUGGGUGUUGAGGAACAUGUUGUGUUGAGUUCAGUAACAGGUGGGAGUUUUUUCUAAAAGAAAAAGAGAGUUCUGGUUUCCUCCUUCAAGGAAGGAAGCACCAAGUUCAAAAAAGUUGCUCUUUCUCCUAGCAAAUAUAUUAAUUUAUGUGCACAUUGUCAUGGGGGGGGGGUCCUCUACUGUUCAAGCGUCUAAUAAAAACAUCAAUGUUUACUAGAAAUGAUCCUCUCUGGAUUUUAUUUACAGAUGCCACAUGCAUUUUGUCUGUUACCAUGUCAGAGACUCACAAAAUAGGUCUUUUUAAUUCUCUGAGCAUUUUCAACUAGAUUUGUUUUUGGCCAUAAAGCUAUUUCCUCUCUAUUGCUCUUGUUCUGAAUUGCAAUCUUGAUUUAUUUUUGGACAUAGUCUCUUCCAUUACUGCCUCUAGCAUUAAUCCUUUAUUGUGAAUUUUUUUAAAAAAAUCAUAAGGCCAACAGUAGUAAAUUAUUGGAUGGCAAGUCAUGUCAUGUAAGCAGAACUGACAUUACAUUUUCCAAGGGAGGUUUCCUUAAUAAAAAUUCUGUUAGUGGUCACUUUUCUGGUUUUCAUAGAACCAUAGAAUCACAGAGUUGGACGGGAUCCCAAGGGUCCUCUAGUCCAGCCCCCUGCAGUGCAGGAGUAACAGCUAAAGCACCCCGCAGAUGGCCCCCCAACCACUGUUUAGAAAGAGUCUACCACCUUUUGAGAAAGUUCUUCCUAAUGCUUAAUGAGAAUCUCUUUUUAUUUUUUUGUAAUUUGGAUCCAUUGGUUUUAGGUUAACUUACAUUCCCAAACCUUUCUAAGAUUGCAUGUGUUUGGGCAGGGGCUGCAGGAUUGCUAUUGAUGCCAUGCUGUCCUUUUUCACUAGUGAAGACAUUUGUGGGACCUUUCUGUGAAAGAGGUUGCUGAUAGGCAGCCGGUAGGCUCAGCCACACUUCCGCCGGGGAAACUUGCUCUUUACUGCUGAAUGGGAGCAAACGUUUGUUGGGUUUUCCACAGGUAGACGUUUGCUCCCAUUCAACACUAAAGAGCAGGUUUCCCUGGGGGAAGCGCUGGGACAAGUGGACAUGUGGGCGAGCCCUGGGUCUGCUGCGUCAUAUGAAGGCUUGACCAAAAAGACACCCAGGAACCUGAGAAUUAAUAGCAACUCCUGCUUUUGUUUUAUAUGAUUCUGGACUUGGUGAGGAUUUACAUCUGAGUAAAAAUAUCCAUAUGCUUGAGUUAUCCCAAGCUGAAAAACCAACCCAGUCCAGAACAUCACUUCUGCUGCCCUGAAAACAACAGACUCGCCAUGCAAAACAGUGUGAGGAACCUCCAGCCCACGGGCGACUGAUUCUUCCAAAACUACACCCAGCUUUUCAUCAGCUGAUGGACAGCGGUAGGGUUCAAUUCUUUAUUGGCAUGUGAUUUCAACACAGUAAGACUGAGCAGGGGGUCAAAUCCUGCUCUGACUCCUGCAGAGAGGAGGACUGAGCUGUCUGCUCAUCAGCUGAUGACAAGGGAGUUCAGUUCUCCUCAGGGUUGCUUUGCAGUCACCUGAUGUCAUUAUGACGCCAGAAAAUUGACGUGUGUGGUCUCACCUGCCUGUCACAGUUGGCCCCUGGGGGUGGGGGGAGAUAAGCGUCUGGCCUGCUGAACCAAAAAUAUUGCCCCCCCCUCGCUGUAAACAAUAGCAGAUUUGCAUUACUUCUGGCAAAAGAGAGCUCCAGUGGCAGCCCAGGCGUAUGAUGGGGCUCAACUCUCCUGGCCAUCUCUUUCUGCAGGGCUGCUACCCUGACACCUGCCUUGAUCAACGUUCUCAGACUUGUGGUUGUGUAAACAAGCCCAAGAGAAAGGAACUUUCCCAUUCAAUAUUUCCACAGUCUAUAAAGAAGAGCAAAUAUUUUGUUCCAGAUCUGAAAAAGACUUUAUAAAAAUUCUAUCCAACCAGUGUUUAGUAAAACAUUAUUAUAAAUAUAAAUAUUACAUCAAGGUUAUACUGGCAUCAGCAGACUAAACGUUAAAUUGUAAGUUUUCAAAUUUUAAAACCAGUUUCCAGUUUUUCCUCCUCCUGUUGGUGGACCUAUUCAUUUAUUUACCUUGUGACCUAAUGCUGCAGCCCUGGAAACACUCAUCUGGGAGAGUAAGCCCCACUGAAGAGGGUGGGGUGCACUUCAAAGAAAAGAUCCACAGGAAUGAAUUGCAAAAAAAGAGCCACAGUCCUUUUUCAGCUGUAGAAAAGCGCUAUUGGUUAAACAUAAAAAACAGUAUUGGGUCUGGCCCAUGUGCCAUUUUAUCUCUUAAGUAUCUAAAGUACUUCUUUUAAAGUUCAGGUAAAAAAAGGGAAAGCACCUGACAUAAAAGUUUUGCAGUAUUUUGCUGUGCUUCUGAAUAAUUUAAGGUUUGUGUUUUGUUUUCCUGUCACUACAACAUUUAAAAAAAAAUUGAUGCUGAAUACAUAAUUCCUUUUUGUUUUCAU